CCGACGACGAUGACGACAAGUGAGUUUGUGUGUGCGCGCGUUCCGUCGCCGUUCUCCGUCCGCCGCUACUGCCGCAGCUGGCCGUCGUGUCUGUUCGUCCGUGUGUUUGCGUAAUUGUAUACGUGUGUGUGUGUGUGUGUGUGUUCGUGUCGGUGUAUGUGUGCGUGCGUGUUUUGUUAAAUCAAUUGCCCCGUACGCGUUUUGGUCCCGACGCAGCGCCGAUCUGAUCACGACGACCGCUUCGUCGUUCCACGCACUACCUUGGUUAUUUUUUCACAACUCUUCGGCCAUCAACGCAAAAGGGGACGAUAUUUAUCACCGUUGCCGUCGUCCGGAAUUAUGGCCCUAUAACGUGUCCGCCGCUGUUGUCGUCUGCUGAAAAUCCAGGCACGUCCGCGUUUCCACAGUAGUUCCGGUCGUGUUCCUGCGUACGAGUGCGAAUCGCGAAUCGCGAAUCGUGAAUCGUGAAUGGUGAUGGUCCCCUACCGCGCCGAGUGAAAUCGUUCAAUUUUCAUUUAUUUAUUUAUUGUAUUAUCAUUUACUCGCUGUGUACCGACUGUGUGUAUACCGCUCUCCCGAUGUGAUAAGAAAGGGUUUGUUUUGGUUUUUUUCGCGAUGAUCGGCCGAUCGGUGUGUGACGGGUUAAAGUUUGUUUUGUGCCAAAUUACUGACGUGUCUUGAUAUAAAAUGGAAACGGAUAUAAAACAACAGCGUAUCAAACGCAGCAAGCGGCGUGAACGGGCCCAGCGCUUGCAUGCCAAGAAACAUGAAUUAGACAGUGGGGAAGAGGAUGAUGAACUGUCAGCAAAGGAGAAGGCGCAAAGGCCUCCGCCACCAAACCGCAGAAAAAAGAAGGAGACUGCUCUGUUCGACGAGGACGUCGUCGAUGGAUUCUCCAUUCUUUCGUUCAAGUCCUAUGAAGAUCUGGAGGUAAGCUAUUCAAUCACAACAUUAUACAGGUCAUAAUCACUUGUACAAGGUAAACACAGCAUAGUGUAAUAACAAAUCAUGCCUAUACCUAAGUUACAUUUGACUGUAUUGUAAAUCAAUAAACUGUUAAUUUCAAAGAUAUAUAUAGGUAGGUACUCUUACUUAGUAUCCAAAUACUCAACUUGUAUAGGUAGCAUAGGUACUUUUUAUUUUAUAUCAAUAUACCUACCCAAUUUAGAUUAGGUUGGAUAUUAUUUUCACUGACAUCCUAUAAUAAUAUAAAUAUCAUCCGAGAUAUUAUCAUUGUGGGAGGUUAUUUAUAAAAAUAGUUAGAUAUUAUACCUAUGUAUGUUUAUUAAAUAUUUUAUAAUACAACAGGUAGUUAUCAAAACAAAUUGUUAGAAUUUAAUGUACACAUAUCUUAAAUUAAUUGUAUGACCUACCUAUAAUUCUCGCACUAUUAUAUCUAUCUAUCAAUAUUAUAGUAUCUACUAAAUUGUAAUGUGUACCUAAAUACUUAUAUAAAAUGAAUAUAGAUUUUUCUAUGUUAAUCUUUUAAUACAGUUAAUUGAAGUUUGGGCUAUUUUUAUCAUAGGAUUAGAUAUUUUUAGAGUGUUAUAUUAAUAUUAUGUAGGUAUCUAUUUAGUUUAGGUAAUUAUGAGUUCUAUCUUUUUCUAGUAAAUUAAUUUUAAUGUAAGUGUUAUUAUUUACUUUGUACCUACCUAAUUAUUCUGCUAAUUGGUAAUUACUUACAUUUGUUAUUUGUAUGCAUAAAGUAUUUAUUAAUUGAUUAUAUCUACUCAUGUUUAUUAUAAUAAUAUGUCAUCCAAAUUAAAUAAAUUUAUUUUUUGUACUUUUAAAAUUUGAUAAGAGAACAAUACCCAUAACUGAAGGAUUAUCAAUUAUAUAAUUAUCUCUUAUCUUAAUCAUAUGUAUGCUACCUAAUACCUAGAUUAUAAAUAUGUAUGGGAAAAUGCUAUUAUGUGCCUAUUUAUUUUUUAAGUAAAUCUGUUAGACAAAUAUGAACUUUUGAAGUAUUUAAAAUCUUAAUUAAUUUUAUUGUCUUAAGAUUUAGAUGUAGGUAAAUGAAAUUAAUUUGUUACCAAGUUUAUUAUUAAUCCCGUUACUAAAUAUCUUAUAGAGAGUUUAGGUCAGAGAGUAAAUCACUAAUGGAUUCGGUAUUCAUUGAAAUCUUUAGUAAUCUUAUAGGAAAUUUUGGUAAUCAUUGAGAUAAUCAUGGUGUUUUAGAAUCUGGUGUACACAAUAUUUAUCAGUGAUUUACCCUCUGGGUUAGGUUUGAUUAGGUAGAAAUCAUUUCAAUGUAAUAAAUUUAUUAAUAAUUAAUACUUAAGUAGAUAGAUCAUUAAAGUAAAUUAAAAUGGUGUACUUAGGUAAUAAUUAAAUUAAAACCAGUUAGGUAGGCAAUUUAUUGAAUCAUAUAAGUGACUGCAAAUAGUUACAAGUAUAAUAUUAUGCUUUAUUUUAAAUAUCUAUUAUUGUAUGUAUACAUACAUAGUUGGUAUAAAUACCAAAAUAUUUAAAAUAAUAUAAAUAAUUUAGAUACUAUAUUUAUUUGACCGGAGGGAACAAAAGUUAAAAAUGAUCAAUGCCUGUUAGGUGUUAACUGCUUAUCAUCUUAUCAAUAGAGUAUUCAGUUUAUUUAAUAUAGGUUCCUAAUAAAAUAAUUUGAAAAUAACAGUCCAUUACUUAGUAGGUAAGUUAACAUACCUACUUAUCAUCACAUGAUUGUUAAUAUUUUGUGUUUCUAGUUGCAUAUAGAAUACCUUGGUACCUAGCUAUCAUAUCAAAUUAUUUUUUAUUUUUGUUUGAAAAUGAAUAGAUCUCCAUUAUAAACUCAGAACUCAAAUUUAAUUUUACAGUUUAAAUAUUUACCUACAAACCAGAACAUAAGUAAUCUAUGCCAGAAUAAGCUACACUGUUGUUUUGCCCACCUACAAAAAAAAUCAUCCUUUACAUGUUGUAACAUUUAUGUAUAAGUACUUGCCUAGGUGCUGUGUGAAAAAAUAUUUAAACCAGAUACCUAGUUAUCUUCAUCUAUUUAAAUACAUACAUUGAAUAAUUUCAAAUUCAUGCAUUUUUUUUUUUGAACAAAAAUGUGUGUUAUAUUUCAGAGAUAUUUAGUACUAAUAUUUAGGUACUUUGCAAGGUAGUUGGAGUAGGUAUUAUUUACAAUUAUGAUAUAAGUGAUAUUAUGUUGAAAUAAUGUAUAAAAUUAAAAUUUUGUAUUAUUCUUUAAGUACGUAUUCUUGAUUAUUUAAAUCAAAAGAGGCUAACCUAAAAUAUAUAGGUGUAGCAAAUUAUAAAAGAUAACCACCAGGGGUAUAGGUUAGGGAGAGGGGGUUAAACCAUCCCAUUUUAAAAUUACUACAGGAGUUUCAUUCUUUGUUCAACUCCUAAUCCACACCUAUUACAAAUAAUUGUAAAGCAAAAUCCCCCCUCCAAAAAUAAUUAUACCUACCCCUCUGCCACCCGUUCUCACCAAUAUUAAUCCAUGUUACAUAUUAUCUACCCAAUAUAGUGUAAUUAUAUACAAUUUUCAAAAAUAAAAUUUAGAAAAUCAAAGAUGGCCUUACUUAAUAAUGGUGAAAGAUUAAAGUACACAAUAUUUUGCUGUACCAUACAAUUUUUUAUUAUUCACAGUCAUGGAAAUUUACACAAACUCCCACCACCACUAGUUAAAAGUUUUGCUCUUGCUCUAUAUUCACUAUAGGAUACCUGCCACUAAUUCAAAUAUUUCUAAAUAUAAGAUAAUUUAUAGAUAUACAAUUGAAACUUAUUAUUUAGAUGUCUAGAUCCUAAUAUAUUAACAUAGGUACAUAUUUUGUGAAUUUGUAUUACCUACUAUAUUUAUUAGUUAUUAGGUACCUCUCCAAUGUAUUUGUUGCAUUCAUACUGGAAUUGAAUAAGGUAUCUUUGUGUAAUUCUGAAUCAUGUCAUCAUAGUGCAACUCGGUCUACAGCUGUUAGUUUAGCUGAGAAUUCACAUUGCAUAGAGUAACAUUGCCUGGAUGACAUGUUUAUGUGACACAAUAUGUUUAUAAAGCACUCUACAUCCUAGGAUAGCCAAGAUUAGUCUAAAUUACAAUAAUCUAAAUUGAUGUUUUUGUAUGGACUCUUCUUGAAAAUGAAAUUCAUACCUUCCUAAAAUAUAGUUAGUAUUUUAUGAAUUAUAAUGUUGGAACUAGCUAUAUAUUUAACCAUAUUUAUUACUAAUCACAAAUGUAUAUUAUGUAAAUACUAAAUAGAUAGUAAUAAUGUAUGGUUAUCUAAUAUAAUAUGGCAUACUUACCUUUAUGUUAUUCUUAUAAUAUCUACCUGCCCAUUAAAAAAAAAAAAAUUGAUAUUUUUGAGUAUCUAGUUAAAAGACCAAAUUUACCUAAUGAAUUACAUUUCCAAAAGAAACUGUUAUACAUAGGUAUUAGGUACCUAUAUAGUACCUAUUUACCUGAUUUAUACAAUUUGAAAUUAUUUAAUGUUUAUUAGGUAAAAGUUAUAGUAUUUUGUAAUAAUUGUAUUCAUUCCUUCUAAAUUAUUUUUUCAGUAAUUUCUAUCCUGGUAUACUACCAGUUCUUCAAAUAAUAACCAAUAUACCUAAUCUUUUGAUUUUUUAAAAUUGAUAUCAAGUACUUGCCUAUCAUAUUACAUUUCUUUUAAUUUCUAAGUACCUAUUUACCUAAUGUACUUUAUUUCAUUAUUUUGUCAUUUUAAUAGUGCAAUAUUUGUUUAUACAAAUUUAUUGUUGUGCUUCUGGCAUGUGUUUAAUUAUACAUUCAAUAAAAUAAUAAUAAAAUUGCACCAGACUUAUUGAUAUUGGCCUCACUAAAAUAUCUAGUUUUAUAUUAUCAAUACCAACUUAUUUAUUGAAUACUUUAGGUAGCAUUUACCAUACUUAAUAAAGAAGUCUUACCCUUAGAACAAUCUGUACCAAAAGUUUCAUAAAUGAUAAUUCAUUAAAUUUAGACUCCAUCUAUCAUUUUCUGUUAUUAAAUAAAAUAAGUACCAUCCUCAAUAAUAAACUUUUAACAUUCCUAAUAUUAUUUGAUAUUACUUAUAUUAAUAGUUUUGAACUCUUAUAUUAUGAUCUCUAUUUAAUUAUUACUAACUUUUGUCUAUUUUUUCUUAUUAUACUUUUCAACCCAUUAAUUUCUGAAAUGUAUAUAGCAUUGUAUUCAUAACAAUAUUCAAAUUCAUUUAAAUUAAAUUACCUAAUUACAAUUAAUAAUAGCAUAGGUAAUCAUUAUAAUGUACUUUAUAUCUUAUAAUUGUCACUGCAAUCUUAAUCUAGUAUAAUUCUGUUUAAUUAUCUUUAACCAUACUUUGCAUUAAAUUGUAUUUAAAACAUAAGUACCUGAUAUAUUAUCAAUAAUAAUAUGUAAUAGUUCUUCUAUAAUUGUUUAGUAUCCGGAAAAUUAUUUAGAUAUUUUAAAAAUGUACAUAGGGAUUUAAUAUUUAUUGAGACUCUAUAUACCGGUAUUACCCAUCGUAUUUAACAUUAUAUAUUAUAAUAUAUACAAUAUAAAUCUUAUUUAAAAUAUCAAGUUUGAAAACGUAUUUUAAAAUGGUAAAAAAAUACUGGCAAUUAUUAUCAUAAAACAUUUUUUAAAACGGCAAAAGUGUAUUAUGUAGGUACUUACAAUUUUUCAAUAAUUAUGAAUUCAUAAUUUAUAAUUCUGAAUAAAAUCAACUCGAUAUUUUGAACUUUAACGUAUUUAAAACGGAACGGAGAUUUCUUUUGAUAUGGACGCGGCGUGGCAAUUUAGAACAUUUUUAUGUCAAUUGGUGUAAUGAAGUGAUACGAAGUGUGAAGACAGAUUUGAAUUCAUCGUGAAGUAUUCAUGAGAUCAGCGAGACCACUUUUUCGAAUUCUAGUUUUUCAUUUCAAAAAAAAUCGAUUUGAAAUUUGGAAAUGCAUAAAAAAUAAACCAAAAUUAAUUGAUAAACGUGGCCAAGUCGAUCUCGAGUUUACUUUACGAUGAAUUCAAAUGCGUGUUAUUUCGUUAUAAAAAGUUGGUCUAAAAAAUUGCUAUGCUACAAAGAAAGAUAAGGGCAAAUUCUCCUUCCUUUUCGAAUUCCCUUAAAUGUUAAAUAAGUAGGUAUGUUAAUUAGGUUCGUGUGAAAUUUCAGUUAUGUAACCCAUAAGUUUUAGAUUUUCAGAAUGCACUAGGGAGUACAUUCUUAUGAAAUUUCCGUUUUUCCGAUAAACCGUUUAAAGUUUACGAUUAGUAGGUAUAAUAACAUCCGCCGUCCCUGUGGUUCGCUCAACAUUUUGACGAACCCGAUUCACACGAAAUAUCGAUUCUUUAGUAUGCUUUACAUAUUAUCGGAGGUUAAAACAGUCGUGUUUGUUUAAGUAGGUAAGGUUAACGUAUACCUAUUUGAAAAGUCACAAGCUCUAUGAUUUUUUUAAUUAAUAAAAAUAUCUUAUCUUAUCGUCAAGUUAGUAUUCAUUUAUAUCACGGUUAUCUACGUCGUAUAUCUGUAAAUUAUCGUUGUUUAUUUACAUUAUUGAUGUAAUUUGUUUUGGAAUAAUAAAAAUUAAUAUCUUGUAUUGUACAAGACGUAUAAUAACAUAAUACAGUUGACCGGCCCCAAAUAAUUGGGAUGACGGUAAAAAUCCGGUAUAGUACAGUAAGUUAUACCUCUUUGCAUCGACGAGAAUAGUGUCCGCCAUUGAGAGUAGGCAAUUAUUGAAUGCCGGUGAAAACGAACCGAGUACCCAAUACAUAAAAUAAUAUAGUUUUCCAGUGUUACAAUUUAACGUCAAUAUUGAAAUUAUUAUUUCGUAAAUGUUACGAAAUUCAAAUACAUUUGAUUAUGAAUACCUACCGUAUUUUGGAAUUCGGCACCAAGUAAAUAAAACCAUCAAUGAUAUUUUCUUAUUGUUUAAAAUUGAAUAACUAAUUAAAUUACAAUAAAUUAACGAUUUUAUAGAAGCUUGUUAAUUGGACCCGUUGUACUUUUUUUUAAACAUAAAAUUUAUAACGGAAAAAUAAAUUGUUUAAACGAUUCAAACCGAGACUCAGAAAUGUAAAACAUGUAUUUUGUAACUACUUAGUUUCGGCAUCGCGCCAUUAUCAGAUUACUAACAGAACAUCGUGGUACAUAAUAUUACAGAUAUUCGAAUAGAAACGAAAAAAAUAAAACAAAUCAUCGGUCGAUUUUCGAAAUCGAUAUCUAUGUAAAAUUAUUCACGAAUUUAUUUACAUGUAAACACCCGAAUCGAGUUCUGUUGGUUUAUUUCAGCAAUUAUUAAUUGAUACUUACGUACGUGGCAAUUCAUUUUCGAACCGUUUGAAUGAUUACCGUGUGUGAAUUUGUUUAUCAUUUUAAUGAAUGCAUUAGCAAACUGUAUGAUAACAUACAUUAAAUUAAUUUUUUCUUACGUUGAAAAGAAACCAGUUUUACUAACACACCUAUAGUAUAAUAAGAAUGAAACGAGUUAAUCAAUUUCGUAAACUAAUUAAUACGCGAACAAUUUAACAAAUAUUACGCUCGUUAUUAAUUAUAAUAUUCCUGCCGACUCGAACAAUAUAUAAUAACAACUUGUAGGUUUGUGUUACGUAUCGAAUUCGGUUUUUAGCGAGUUAUAAUUUUAUAAUUAUAAAUUAUGCGCGUAAUAUACAAUUUCUACUUAAUUAUAUAUUCUGCGUUGCAGACAGUUCGUGUGUAUUGAUAUUUUUCCGUAAUUUUUACACUUGCCUAUAACGGCGUUUUAAUGUUAAUUCAUUUAAAUGGUUUUUUUACCCCGGUGUAUCGGAAGUAGGUAUAAUGUUUUUUUUUUCUUUAUUUAAAAAUUAAAAAUAAAUAUUAUUGAUAAACACGGAGUUUCGUCGUAGUAUUCGCGGUUUAGCUACCGGGGUAGGUAUCUGAUAUCUAAUGUUUGAUUAUUUUAUGUUUCCCUGUUAAAUUUCCCCGUCUAUUAAUGAACAGCGAGUUUGAUAUUAAUAACAGUAGAAUUAAAGUGAUUUUAAUUGCGGUUGGUCGCGCAACAAUAUUAAUAAUAAUAUUAUUGCCGACAAUGUAACGGAACUAAUUGUACCUGCGCCUGCCGCGAUGCGUUUGAAAUUAAAUUUAUUACGAUACCGGUCGUCUUUUGCCAAGUCUCGCGGUAACCCAAUGAAAUUGGCUAGUAGUAAAGCGCUCCCGACUGCCGUGUCCACCGGCGCGCGCCGUGUCGGUUCGUCUAUUCGGGGGAAUGCCCGCGCCGCCGUCAAUCCCGACCCACGGCAAAAAUGAACGAGCCGUGUAAAAACUUCGCCUUAAAACGCCCGUUGUGGGCAUUUUCAAAUAUCGCGCGCGUUCCCCUACUGCGGGCGAACGUCCCGUCAGAGAAAGAGAGAGAGAUGAAAAUAAAUAACCAAUAGAUUUUUACAUUGUUCACGCACGUGUUUUUAUCCGUGCGCCGCCGCCCCCCCCCCAAAUGUUUGUCUUGGAUAAGGUUACCACGGUGAUAUUAAACGUUCAACCGGGAUCGUUUUGACGAAAAUUACGCGCGAUUUAUUUCGGUCGUCGGGUGGACGUUGUUGUACGUCGUGAAAAAAUAAUAUAAAUAUUCAGUAAGUACCUGCGCGUUAAUAAUAGUACUUGUUGCUUUUUUUUUUUUUCAUUUUAUUUAACGUAAAGGUACUCUGCCUCUUUCGCCGCCCAUUACGCUAUGAAUUUCAUGUCUUUGGCUAUUGUUAUUGUUUUUAAAAUCGUCCCUGUCCGUCGUGUAUCGUCCGAUGUCCCGGACCGAACGAGUUCAACUACCGUACGACAAUCCCGCCGAGAAAAUAAAAGUAAAAAAAAAAACAAGAAGAGCCUAAUAUGUUGUGUCGUGUUACCGGCCGUAUGAGUGUCGUUUGUAUUAUUAAACGGUCGGCGGUGGAUAUGGCAGCGGCCGGCGGCGUUUGUGGAUGAGUAGAAGGAGAUAAUUUGUUUCGUGUCAUGUUCGUCCGUGCCCGUCGGUGGCUGGACCGGCGGCGCGGCGGUGUUCCCCGCAUUUCGUAGACCCGAGCCGGUUCCGAUGCGCCUCCCCCCACCAACCCCCUACCUAUUCCAAUCACGUUUUCCAGCCGUCACUGUCCCGCCACCGUCGUUCCGUCCAAACAACCUUAUCGAACAAAAGCAAUGACCGAUGGGUCGGCGGCGGUGGUUCGUUCGGCCGCGGUCGGCUACCGCCCGAUCGAUACGUAUAUAUAACCCGGGGAAACGGCCAGGAGCAGCGGCUCGGCGCAGUGUCUUUUCCACCGUGUUUUGCCGUGCGCGAAUCGCCGCGGCCGUAGCGCCACGUGAUUGUCCAGACGCACGUUUGUGUUGCCGAUUCCCGGAAGCGGCGGUCCUUUGUCCGUCCCAACGGUCGCGCGUUUGUCCCCCGGGGUCAUGCGCGCGGGUGGUCACAAUAUUUACUUUGGGUCCCGUCAUGAAAGUCUUGCGCAAUUGUGUACGAUUUUGUUUGGUUGGUUUUUUGUUCUCUCUCUCUUCGCGAACACUCAAUUAUCGGUAUUAUCGGUCAUUAUGCUGUGUUAUUAUAUUUUUCGCCCUUUGAUGGUUCGACAAAACGUCCGGAAUUAAUGUAUUUUUUUCUAAAGGAAACACGGUUGUUUUGUUCGGCGAAAAACACGUAAUGAUUACGUGUCCGUGCACGAAAUUCUUUGUAUUUAAAUUCCCGGUUAAAGAAUUACAAUAAUAUUGAUUUAAACGAAAAAGUAAUUUAUUUACUUUUUUUUUUUUUUCUUUCCAUUUUUGAUUAAAUUGUUAGCGUUAAAUCGCAUUAAGUCUCUCUCCUCGCGCGCUGUUACUAUAUUAUAAUAGCAUUAGCUUUUUUUUUUUCGCAUAAAAUAACUGUCGGUUAUAUUAUAUUAUAUAUGUAUAGGAAUUUAACGAUUCUCGUUUUUAAUGCCCGUAACCGAGACGUACGUUAGACGUCGUCGUUGAUAUACACAAGACAGGUUUUUUUUUUCAUCGCGGAAUAAUCUUAAUGGAAAAUGUUUUACCAUUUUUUUAUUUUUUUAUUUUUUUUUUUUCUAUACAAUCUCGAAACGUAUACAAUUAUUAUUAUUAUUAUUAUUAUUAUUAUUAUUACGACGUUGGGUCGUUUACACCGGGUUAACCGGCGUGUGUUAAUAUUUAGUCGAGUCAAACUACUCGUAAUAAUUAAAUCGAACACAAAAGUAAAUCCACACCACGUCGGUUUCGAGCAGCCGCCGCAUUCUCGUCGUCGACCUACCCGGCCGCCGAUGCGAUCAAACUCAUUCGACCGCGGAAACCCGGUUGAGUUUCAAUGUUAUACGUAGACAAUAUUAUACGAAUAUAACACUCGUAUUACGAAAACUGUAAUUUACACCGACUCGGUUUAGUUGCCGCCUUGCCGAUAUAAGUAUAAUGUAAUAAUGUCGACGAGCUCGUGUACCCCCACCGUGGUGCAUUAUUCGUAGUGAUGGAGAACACUACCGAGUGAAAACUAUCGAACCACUCGAUAGUUUCAAACUAUCUAUUUGCUCGGUUGUUUUCGGAAACUAUCGACACUAAGGACCGUCAUCGAAACUGUUGACCACCAAAAACAAUCGACACCAGGUUGUCGAAAAUUCUCGACAUUUUAAUCUCUAAGCCGUCGAACAGUGUUAUCAAUUAUUUAUCAGUGUGAUGCGCAGAUAUUUACUAUAUUGUAUUAUAUCAAUGCCCGACUCGGUGCCCAUACUUGAAGCCAACCGCCAUAAUGUAGAUUGGGAAAUUUUUACAAGCCGAUGUUAUCAAUCUUAGUGAUAACUAACAAAAUUAUAAUAAUUUAAAACAUACUGAUAUUAUACCCAUGUUAAAAUAGUAUUUAAAUUUUCAAUUAAAUGUAGACUGUAGUGUAUUCAAAACCAUAUUUUUGACGAUUUGUAAUUAUGUUUUCAUAAUAAUAUUGAUAACAGAUUGUAAACAUUGCCCGACCUUCUUAGCUUCAAAGACCCGUACACGGUAAAAUAUAGAUCCGGCAUCUAGUAUAUAGUAUAUCAUAUAUCUGUGGUGUGACGUCGUAUUUAUUCAAUCAAAAAAAUUCUCGGUUGUUUUGUAAACCAGUCGGUGCCAAUACUGCCGAAAGAAAACUAUCGGACUAUCGAGUAGUUCUUUCUAUUGUUUAAUAUCUGUCUACUUGAAAAAAACACUAGGUUGUUUUUUAAACUAUCGACAAUCGUAACCAGUCGGUGUUACUACUGAAUUAAAACUAUCUACCAAUUCAUUUGAUAGAUUACAAAACAAUCGAUGGAUUAAAAUAUCUGUUCAAUCGUUAAACCACACUGUUGUUUUUAAACUACCAAUUGGCAAUCGAUAGUCAAAACUAAUCGGUUUCGCGCAUCAUUAAUUAUUUACAUAUAAAAUAUAAUAAUAAUCAUUCGUGUUCGACGCUUCCGAAUAAUUUACACAUACUAUCGUUAGUUUUGAUGAGUGGUUCUUAACCGUUUUCGGUACAGCGCCCCUCCAUCAAUUAACCGACUGCCGAUGUUAUUGCUGAAACAAAAAAUAACGGAACGUUUUCAUAAAACGGGGGCCUGUUUUCAAAAUAAUCGAAAAUAUUUAUUAGAUUGUCAACUUUCCGAUCGAAAUAAUCGAGUCAAUCGGUACUUUUUCGAUUUACACUAUUCUCAAAAACUAAUCGAAUAUUCCAUUAUCGAAAAACGUGAAUUUCGUUCGAGUUUUCUACUAUCGAAAUGUUAUCACUUAAUUGUUAAUUCAGUAUUCCGGUCUGAUAUUGUUUACAUAUCACAAUAAUAUGUUAAUGUUACGGAGUUACUAAUGUACUACUUUAGUAGUUAGUGGUUACUACUUAUUGCUAAACAUUUCAAAUAUGUCAGCUACAUUAUAGUUAGUGUAGUCCUAUACGUACUUUUUUUUUUAAAUUGUCUACAGUACCUAUUUUUAUUUUAUUUUUUUAAUCAAAAUAAUAUGAAGAAAGUAGGCUCAAAUGUAAAGGAAAAUUAAUAACAGUAGAAUAAAAAAAUGCGCUGGUUAACUUUAUGAAAGCUCAUCCUGAGUUUCAAAAAGAAAAAUUUGAAAAAUAAGCAAAUUUGGCACGGAAGCAAGUUGCUCCGAACUUAAUAAUAUAAUUGGUGCGAAUAAAAAAUAUAUUUUCGGUUUAUUUGCAAUUGUAAAUUGUUAUUGUCAAAAUGCAUUUGAAUAUCCAAUUAAUUGUCCAUCAUUAUUAACAAAAUUUGUAAAUUCAUAAGUCAAAUUAAUAUAAUUAUGACAAAGAGAAGAAUCAAUAGCGAAUCGUUUUAAUGUAAAAAUACUAAUUAUAUCCGGAAAUCGAGGAAACAACUGGAUUUUGACAAUCGAAGUAAAACAUUGAAUCCAACAACCGAAAGAACAGUUGAAAAUACUUUGAGAAUAUACAUUUUAGUGAAAAUCAAAACCAAUGCUAUUUUCAAUUGAUUGGUGAUCGAAAAACGUUUUCCAUUGCUAUGAGAAUAGCUCCCGCGAGUAUUCUAAGUAUUUAAAUAAAACUUCAAAUUGAUCGUCUCGCCGAGAAACCGAAAUGACCCCCACCCCCUGUGAGUGGUGUUAAGAACCACCGAUUUAGAUAAAAUAUCGAAUAUUUUUUAAUACUCGGAACGUUUUUAUUCUGAACUCUAUUCGAUUAUUUUCCCAUAAACAAAACUAAAAAUUAUUCAAAUACAGUUUUCAAUAUGUUAAAUAAUGACUAAUUUGGUCGUGCCUGUCACUAAUUAUAAAUCAAUAAAAAUUACAACAAAUAACUGUAUUAUCAUUAUCUAUAUUGUAUUAUAAUUUGAUUCCUUGAAUAUUUAUUCUUCGGUUCGUAUGUUGAUAAUUCGAUUUAAUAACUCGUGUUUUGUGAGUUUAUAUAAUGAAUUUGUUAACGAUCGCUCUACAUUAUAAAGACGAUUAGUAGUAUAAUCUCCAUGUAUAAUUUGCUUGUACAAAAAUAAUAGUUGGCGGUGUUUGUUUUUAUUUGAAACAAAAAAAAAAUGAUGGUUUUCCAUCUUCGGAAAUUUAAUUAAUUUGAGUAGAUUUUUUUUUUUUUUUUUUUUUACAUUUUGAAUUGUAUACUAAUAUAAUGACUACUCGUAGUGACUAAACGCGGUUAAGCGAUAUGAAUAACGUACUCAUUAUAUUUAUAAAGAGAUAUUUUCGUUUUAUCCAACUGUUGAUUUAUAAUAAUAAUAAUAUUCGUAAGAGUAUUAUAAUUAAAACUGAUUUUACGGUUCAAACCACUUAUCCGUUAUUAAUAAACCAUAUAAUAUGGAAUGGUAAUAGGUAAUUCAAAUAGAAUUAUACGAGUUCCAAGCACUUCACUUUAGGGACUAUUAUUAAUCUCGUCGUGACGAAUAAGUUCGAGUACUUUUUCUAUAUACUGUUACGCGUAAUACAUUCAAAUAAUAAUAAAAAAAAAUUACAGUUUACAGGUAUCAAUAUAUAAUUGAGUUAUUAAUAAAAUAUACGAAAGGUACUUUUAUCAAUUUUACGUUUCAAUAAUUCAAUUCAUAACCGAGCAAUAAUAAUAAAUAUUGUCUUGCUUGUUUAAAAAUUUAAUAUUUUAUAGGAUAUUAUAAUACUAAUUGUUCUCGUGAAUAAAAAAAUAAAAUCUAUUUUUCUUCGUCAUUCGUUUAAAUUCAAAGACCUUGAAGGUAUACCAUGUGUUUUGUGAUGAAAUUUGUACUUUUUGGGUUACAUUUUUUUAGGGUUCUGAACUCAGAUGUGAGCUUUCCCCUUCCUUAUUCUAUCAGGAAUUUUUAUUCGAUCAUCAACUUCGUUGGUUUCCGGUAUGCAAAUUUUAUUUAGUUGGUGCAUUAGGGAGAUACUUUUAUCUUUUCUUAUUAGAUUUUUUAAUAAUUUCGGAAAAACGUGAACAUUUACGCAUCGGUUUCUGUUAUAUUUUCGAUUUUGGUUUUUCGUUGUAAUUUAGAUAAAAAUAAACGUGGAGACUUUUAACGAAUGUUAUUAUAACAUAGUCACUAUAUCUAGACGCGGACAGGAUAAAGGAUUUAAAAAAAUAUGUGACUACAAAACUCGGACAAUUAUUGUACAAAUUUAUUUCGUAUUAACAAAUUAGUGAAUUGAAAAUUCAAUUUAAGAUAAUUAAACCACGUUUAACCGAAUUUCGUUCAGAACCGUUUUUCAUUAACAAUGGUUUAUUGUUGCUUACGGAUAUAAAUAAAAUUAAGCAUCUUUAUACACUACUUUCCCAACUUUCUACCCUAGACAGCGGCAUCGCCCAUGGCUGCUUUUUACAACUAUUUUUUCGGUUAUUUUAAUUUAUCUCGAUUACCUAUUUGUAUAUCAUGUUGUUAUUAUUAUUAUUUAUUUAUAUUAACCAUAUAAAAAUGAUAUUGUUACUAGAAACUUGCAUUAACCGUAGUGUCCUAUUGAUAAUAAUUGUUUCAAAUCAUUAUUCUUCGUUUUUUUCGUGGUAGUUUUUCAUUUCUAUAUCGGAACAAAUUUAAAGUAAUAUAGUUUUAAAAUUAUGGUGAAAAAAAAUCUAUUCAUCUAAGGAAGAUACUUAGUGCAGCGGUAAAAAGUAAUAUUAAUAGUAAACAAAUUUAAAUCGAUUGUUCUGUUUUUCUGGGUUGAAAUUAAUGACUCCGGAUAACAAUUAUUAUCGCACCUGAAUAUUCUGCGACGAAACAAUGCGCGAGAAUAAUCCCUGAAAUAACAGUUUGUAAAUGUUUCGAUUUGUUUCAACUCCGACUACUGCAUUUAACCAGAUUAAAUUUAAUCAUAUGAUAAUAUUGUACGUUCAAACAUAAUUAUGUUCCCGCAUUGUUAUGGAAAAUAACAUUACUAAUGUUGCAAUUAUGUACACACCCUAACACAAAUAAACUCAAUUUUUUUGGAAGUUUAACAGUUAUUAUUUAAUUACUUUAUUACUUUAUUAAUUAAUAAAUACUCACCAUUUGUAUAAACUACACAUCAGGUACAAUUUUCAAAAUUAAUUUUGAAAAAAUUUCUUUUAUAUUAUACUUGAAUAUCAUCUAAUUAGAAUUAAAUACAAGAGCGUUUUAACACGUUUUUGACCGGAUAGAAACACCGUUACCAGAUUUCUGGUUCAGACAAUGUUUAUUUAUUGUUUAUGUACAAUAUUAUUGUGGCGACCAGUUUUUGAAAACUAUGCAGAACUUGCUUAAUUUUGGUUUUAGAGUAUAAACACUUAUAAUAAACUUAAAAGAGAAAAUUAUUCUGGAGGGCAAAAUAAUGCAUUUCUUUUUUCAAGUUCGUUUUUCAAAAUAUUACAGUCAUUUAAAAACGAUGAAUUAGUCUUUAUUUCUUUAUUUAUUAUAACAUUAUCUUCGGAAUAAUAUGAAAAAUGUAUCGUCUUGCCCUCUGGAAUAUUUUUAUUUUUUAAUUUUAUAAUAGUUGAUUUUACUUUUAAACCAAUAUUAAGCGAGUCUACGUAAGGUAGAUUUUGUUACAUUGGCCGUUAGUUAGGGUUUUUUUUUUUUUGUUGUACAUUCAAUAAUAACUAAUCGUAGAGACGUGCGUUUUCACCGAAUAUGUAACCAAAUAUAUUGUUAUUUUUUAUAGACUUCGUUUAAUUUGCAAAAUAGUUUAGCCCUUUAGAAUUGCCUAUUUACAACUAUUCGAGUUUAUUUAGGUUGUUUGAUUUAUGUAAAUAUAAUAUUUUAAAAAAAAAAAUGAUUGAAAAUUUGACACUAUAAUAUAAUGUAUUGUCAUAAAUUCCAAUAUUUAAAUAGAUAUUAUAUUACUAUUUUACGCACGACUACCUACCUAUAAUUUUAAACUUAAAUAAUAUACAACUACAAUAUACUACUGUAUAUUGUAUGUAUUGUACGAUUCUAGUGUAGUAUAAUUAAAUUCACCCAGUGUUAUUUUGGUAAAAUAUAUAGGUUGUAAUCAUAAAGUACUAAAGCAUUUUAGUUGAAAUAUAAUACAAUAUUGGCUGUUAUUGGAACAUAUAAAUAUUUUGUAUCAUAUACUGGAAUACUUACCGGGUAUCUAAAUACAUAUUACUGCCAGUCAAUAUGUUUUAUUAAUUUAUGUAGGGCAAUUCGUGGUCAAUUAAACAUCCAAAACAACUCGUGUGUGGAUUUUUUUUGUUCUUAAUGUUUGGUAAGGGAGCAAAUUACAGUGCCUAAUAUAAUACUCGCAUUGAAGGGAUAACUACAGAGAGAAAUGUGAUUAAGUAUUUGUUAGGUUAGGUAUGUCAUUUCAGAAGUGUAUACGUGCGUCCCAACCCCUAAGCACUUGUAAAAUAUGUUUAUAAUAGUACAGUGGGGACUGGGUGUGAACAAAUAUGCUACCCUCAUUAAAACGCUCUCGGGAACUUAUUUUCUUGUAAUUUAUAAGGUUUGAAGUAGGCUAUAAAUUAAGUAUGUAUAUAACAUAAAUGAAACGCUUGAUUUUUUUAAAGUAGACGUUGGGUGAAAUAAUGUCGUGUAUAUACGCUAAAAUAUCUUCCAGUCUUUUAAGAAAUCAGAUGGUAAAGUUGUUGAAUAUUUUUAAUAAACAAAAUGUAUUUGAAACAAAUUCUAAUGAGUAUAACGGUGCAUUAUUUAAAAAUAUGUUUAAACUAAUCUACUUGAGUCAUAAAAUCCUAUUAUAAUUAUAUAAAAUAUAUAUAUAAUUAUAUUUGAAACCUAUAUGCAUAAUAUUGAUUUAUUUUUUAAUUAUAAUGUAAAGUAAUAACAUAUCUUCUAUUUCAGUAAAAUUAUAAGUUAUAAAAUCAAUAUUGGUUGUGCAAUUCUAUUCAAAAAAAUUUAAAACACAAUCGUAGAUAGUUGAAUUUGUAUUAACAUGAUAAUGACAAUUUAUAAGGAUAACUUUAUGUAUAGUUUAUAUUGCAUCUGCCUAUAUCAAUAGCUAAUUACUACUAGUAUAUAGGUAUCAAAAUCCAUGUUUGUAUUUCUAAAAGUGGGUAAUAAUUUCAGGAUAGGUAGUAUAUUAGAUUAGGUAAGUUAAAUAUACAAUUAGUCAAGUACCUAUCCAAAAUGUGUUCACGUGAUUGUUCAUACAAGUGUUAAUUUUAAGGAAAUUUACAUUUAUUUAUAAAUUUAAUAUGACUGGUUAUCGUUUUUAAAAUUAAAAGUAGAUAGGAUUAUAGAGGCUAGGUUUUUACAAUCGAUUCGUUAACUUUUAUUUCAGUACAAUAGUAUGUAAUAUUCAUUGUUUCAAAUAAAACUACAUUGCUAAGAAUAAAUAAGAUUACCUACGUAAAUUUGUUCUCUGAUUUUCCAAUAAUUGCACUGUUAUACAUAGACAAUCAUUAUUGAAAAUGACAAACACAGAAGAGUUUAGGGGUUUAACGAAAUGUUCAAUCCUCAACGUCUAGAAGAAAAGGCAAAUAUAUAAGUUUUUUUUCCAAAUUUCAAGUUUUUACGAAUAUUUUGAACUGAAUCGCAAUAAAAAACAAAAUUGAAAAUAAUACAUUUUGUAAAUUUUCCCUUUUCACGGUUUUUCCAAAUUAUUUUGAAAACCGAUUGGAAAAUUAAAAAAUUAUCUUUUUAAAGCACCAUCCGGAUAAAAUUUUCUUUUAGAAAAGAUAAUACGCUUGAAAAUCAGAGCAAGAUUUUGAGUAGACAAAUUUUUUACAGAUAAAAAAUAAACAAUUGUUAAACCAAUAAAUUUCUUGCUUCGCUCACAAUCUAAAAUAGAUUUAUUAGAUGGAUAUUUUUCAAUAAAAAAACCGGAAAAAAAAUCUUCGGCUCCGCAGACAAUCACUGAUCCAAUUUAUUGAAGAAAAACCAAGAGUAAUAGUAGAAAGCUUUUAUAUGUCUUUCUGUUUUAACAAACGACAGCAGCUUUUUAACCGAGCACGUUAUGUUGGCUUUUCCAUUAAAAUAAUGUUAUUCUUAAAAAAUAAAGUAUUUACUUAAAGGUAUAUACUUUUUGUCCCAGAUAUUGUUAGAUAUGUUAUAAUGAUCACAAUAUUAUUAUUGUGAUCAUUAUUAUUAUUAAUAAUUAUUAAUUAUUAUUAUUAAUAAUAAUAAUAAUAAUAUUGAUUUUAGAAUAUUGUUCUGAAAUGUUGAUUUGCGAUGAUCUAAUGUCGCAAUAGCGGUGAAUGUAAAUUACAAGUCUUGUAUUAUUGUUAUUUGAAGCUUAUAUAUUAUUGGGAAGACUAGUUUCAAACACAUUAAAGAUAUACAAGUAUUCCCUAACGGCCAAUAUAUAAUGAUACGUGACCCCCAAACUAAAUCUGAAAAUCAGCUAAUGUAGAAUUCUUAUUACUUUUAAAUCACACGAACAGACGGAGGUGGCGUUAAAAAAAUCGUUGCAUAGUUGCAUGCAAAAAGCAUAGUUUAACAUUUUUCAAAUCCGAAUUUGCUAAAUUCUAAAAAUAUUUUUAUGAAUUAUAUUUAAUUCUUUGAUAAAUGUUAAUUUCACGGUAAUAAUGUAACGAUUAACCAGCUAAAAAUACCAAAAUAAAUGAAGAAAUUAUAUAUAAUUGUUGUAUCUUAUUAUACCUGUAUUUUUUUAUUUCAUCUGUGGUCGAUUAGAUAGCGUUAUCAGUUAUGUCACCGCAGAUGCCAUCGCAUAUGAAUUAAGAAGAAACAUAAGGUAUAUGUUAGAUCGUUUUUAAAAAUGGAAAAUACACAUUUAUAAUUCUCCAGUAGUCAAAACUUGCCGUCUGGUAAUAUUAUAAUAGAACAAAUUUAUUUAUAUUGUAACAUUUUCGAGAAAAUGAUCCAAAAUUAAUAUUGUUUUUAAUAGUAAUAUUAUUAUUAUUUUUUUUUUUUUAUAAAAAAUCAAUUACAACAUACGACUAUUAUAAUUUAUAAUCACGUAUAAAACACAAACUAUAAUAACCAAUUUGUUAUAUGUGGAAUAUGAAAACAUCGCCCGUUGAUAUUAUUUAUAUUCACAUAUUAUUUAUGAAUUUUAUCGGUUGUUUGUUUCAAACUGUUAGAAAAUUAAUAGCACUAAUAACUUAUAAAAUAAAUGUGUAUAUAUUUUUUAGAAUUGCGUGCAACAGUGUUUGGUUAAGAAUGCAGUAACUCUUGGACUGGAUCCAACGUCUCAAAACUUUUUACAUAGAAAUCACCAUAAGCAUCACCGAAGUCAUGUACAUAAUCAUAAUAACAACAAUCAUCAUCAUGACAGUAAUUCCAGUACUCCAGUAACGCCGGUAAAAACCGAGUAUAAUGUCCCCAGCCCACCAACUACGCCUAAUAAUUUUAAUCAUAACAAGGUAAGUUGUACAAACAUGUAAAACUAUUUUGUUAAAUAAUCAUAUAUGUACUUUAAUAUACUGGUAUUUAUAUUAGAAUAAUGUUCCAUUAUGUUUAUCCCCGUUAAUAACUUUUCUUAAUUAAUUGUUUGCUAACUAUGAUUUUUGAAUUUUGUUUCGGUACUAAUAAUCUUUUGGUACCUAUAAAUUAUAAUAUACAUUAUAUUUUUUUGAUAAUAUUUAUUUGUAUACAGCAAAAAUACAUCAAAAAAUAUUAAUAAGGUAGAUAACACGUUUAUGUCCGGGAAAACACUGUAUACAUUAAAGUCGAUUUAAACCCAAAAGUGAGAUAAAACUAUACGAAUUGUAUGACGAAUUUCAAGUUUGAAAACAGAUUAUGAUUCUCUAGAUUCUUUUAUAGAACAUACUAAAAUUAUAAAUUUAAUUAUUUUAUUCAAAAUCUUAAAAAAAAAAAUGUUUUGUUUUAUUUAUUAAUUUUGAUAAAGAAAAUUAAAAUUUAAAAUAAAAUUCCAUCGUAUCCUAGUAAAAAAUUUAAAGAGUUAACCAUAACAAAUCGAAACUUCUCAAGCAUAAUUUUUAUAGUUUUGUCCGGUUUUUGGUCUAAAACGUCAUGUUCGCUUUCCCCUUAAAUAGUUAUCGGGUAGUAGAUUAUUAGAAAAGUCGUAUCAUUUAAAUGAUUAAAAACUUUAAAACAUUAGAGAAAUUGUUGUAACUCGUCUCUAUUCGUUUUAAUACUCUGCGUUAUACCCUUUCAUACCUUAAUUAAUCCCUAAUAAACUGACAAUUAAUGGGUUAUUGUAAUAAUUUGUGUUAAUCAUAUCUAUAAAUAGUGACUUUCUUAACGAUAAUAUUAUUACGAGUAUUAUUUAAAUGCAACGUUUACUAUAAACCUUGUUACCUAUUCCUUAAUUUGAAGUGUAGUAUUAUAACAAUUAAUUUUAUUAAUAAUCAAAAAUUUUCUAAUGAAUAACUAUGAUUUUUAUCGUGCAGAAUUCGUCGUCUCUGGAUUUAAAACACGACAGCGAAGGAGGUGAGAAUGAUACUUCUGUUGUGCAUUCGAAUUCGGUACAGUCUUUUAAAAGACCCAAAGUGUCUACAUCGUCACCUAGUCAAAGUGGUCAAAGACGAUCAAGUUCAAGAGAAUUCAGUGAUGUAAGAUCGGUUUUUUUUUUUUUAAUUAUUUUUAUUUAUUUUAUAUUAGAACUUUUAGUAACAUGUCUUCUUUUAUUUCUUAUAGGCAAGUAGCAAUUGUAGUUCAGGCAGAGGCUAUAUUGUAAGUAUUGUAUAGUUAUCAUUAUUUUAAAUAAUUUUAAGAGAUAUUUUAUGAGUUUUUAAAUUUAGACCUAAUGGUACACACACACAUAUAUAUAUAUAUAUAUAAAUAUAAAAAAACUUGAUUAUCGCCUUGUUCUUCUGAUUUUGAAAUCCAAGUUAGUGGCUCGCUUAUGAAUAUUGAUAAUAAUAUACAAAUAAAUGUAAAUUAAUUUACCGUAUUACACUACUAUAUUUACUAUAGACGCGGCACCCUUGAUACUAAAUCAUAACGCCCCUGGGAGCUGCGACGCACAGGUUGAAAACCACUGAUACAAUUCAACGGUGCUCAUUCUACCGUUCUAAAUUUAACAACACAACAUAUUAUAGGUUAUAGAUAAUAAAGUUUUCAGUAUCUAUUUCAAAAUAUUGUAUAUUUUCUUCAAAGUUUGUAAAACGAUAUAACUUUCGAUAAAUCUAUCAUCACUUUAAAAUAUUGAUAAUAUAUUAACUUUUCAAGUUUUAAAACAUUUUUUAGACAACGUAUUCUUAUUUGAUAAUUUUAAUUUAAUAGAUUUUAAAUCUUUAAAAAGAAUAUUACAAACAUAAAUAAAUAAUUAAAACACAGUGUAAUCAAGUAUUCCUUAUCCGUGGUGGGGGGACCAUGUUAUAUAUACGAUCCACUCAAGAGGACAUUACACCCACGGCCAUUGUCGUCGUUGUCUUUGUGUAGGUAUCUCAGAAAAGGUGGAUUUUGUACUUCCCAAUACUGUGAAAUCGUGUGUAAACAUUAGACUAUGUUGACUUGUUAUAACAUUUGUAAAUGCAAAUAAAAUAUUUGUAUUUAGAUUACAAUAGUUCAAAUACUUCAAAAUUUACUUUAAAAUAUAAAUAUUGUAAAACGAUAAUGCACGUAUAAUUAUUAAUUUAUUUUAGAUAAUGUUCUGUUCCAUUAUAUAUGUAAUAAUGGGCAAAUAUUUUAGUCUUAUGUUCACCUAUACCACCUUUAAGCUUUAUUAGUAUAAUUAAAUACAAUGAACUUCGCACCUUGAGUAAGCCUUUAUUUAAGUAGGUAAACGAUUGCAACGAUAAAUCAUUGCAAAAACCACCCACUGUUGCGUACAUUUUCAAAAUUGUUCAUAUUUUUUUUUUUUUGUAUUGUCAAUAAUAAUAAGAAAAAUACAAGAAAUUUCAAAUACAAUUUCUCAAAUGCACCAAUUAGAUCCAAAUACUAUCACAAAUUUUCCACGAUGAAUUGUACUUAAAUCUUAGUCCUUUCUAACUGUUGUACAAUUUUUAAAACAUUCUGGAAAUUAAUAGCUGUUUAACAUUUUUGAGUUUUUAUUUUGUUUAUGUAAAUAGAGUUGUUUUGGCUACGCAAAAAUGUUUGACAAUUAAAUCCGAGGCUUAUCAUAAGUUAAGCUUAUUGGUUAAUAAUAAAAAAAGUCGCCUCUAAUUUCAUAAACAAUUGUAUCAUUUAAAAUUCAAGUUUUAAUGAAAAUAUUAAAAAUCGUGAUAUUCCAAAAUAUUAUAAAUUAAACUUCGCUCAGAAUCGGUUAUUGUUUAAAAUAAUUUAUUGUUAUGUACGGAUAUAAAUUAAAUUAUAGGUUACAUUUUUUAAAAUUAUUCCUAAUUGGUUCUUCUCUCCAAUAAAUUAAAAGUUAAAUACUAUAGAUAUAAAAUCUCAUAAAAUUAAGUGUACAGCAUACAUUGCAUUUUACAAAAUAUAAGUGUUUAUUGUAGAAAACGACUAGUUAAAAUUACUUUAAUGCAUUUAAUCAUUUAUAAUAGCUAUCAAUAGCAUUAUUUAUGUUUGUUUUUAUUGUACGUGUAUUGUUCAGUUUUACUAGGUAUGAAAUAAAUUAUCGAUUAAAUAAAAGACUAUUAUAAUAAUUAUUAUGCAAUAUCUCUAAAAUUUGAUCGGUGGCUUCGUGUUUCGGACAUAUGUAUUAUUAGCAUUUGACUGAAAUGCUGAAAGCUUGCGUGAACGUGACUUAAAAUUUAAAUAAAAAAUAUUUCCCAAUUAGAACUAAUGUAUAUUUCAAUGGCACGGCUAUAACUGUAAUACGUUUUAAAUUAUAUACAAGAUGAUUUUUUAAGUAUACUCGCUACAUUUUAUGAUUAGAUUAUGUAUACAUUCAAAUUCUGAUUUUUUGAAUUUUUAAGUCUAAUGAAAGAAAAUAUUUUCGUAUACUUUGAUUUUUCACAACAUUUAAUGAAUAUCCUAGGGCCAUUCCAAUUUUGAUUUUUCAAAUGAUUACAACAUGUAGAUUAUAUAUAGGUUGUAAUCGAAAUAGGGACGAAAUGUUUUUAAGUUAUUCUACUUUAAAUACUAAGAAUAGACUUUUUUAACCGACUAUUACAUAGGAGUUGUGUAUAGGCAAUUUAUUGUUUUGAAUAUUACAGUUAUUGAAAAACUGUUGGUUUUGUGCUAUAAAUCAAUAUUCUUUUAAUUUUAAGUUCAGGCGUGAAUUCACGGGGGGGGGGCGAUCGCUCCCCCUAUGCAUUCCUUUAAAAUUAUUGACAUUAUUUUAUUACUAAAGAAAAAUACUUAUACAUAUAUGUUUUACAUAAAAUAGAAAAUUUACUUUGUCUCAUAAUUUCUAAAUAAAUAAUUAGUCAUUUUUAAAUUUCAGGUUUGUUUUUAAUUGUUAUGGGAUUCUUAUUAUUCUAAUUAAGUAUAACCAAUGCCAUAUUCAUAUACAUAUACGCCGGGAAUCGUUUAAUUGCUAAUAAUAAAUUAUUAAUAAUCAUGGAAUAUGUUGAAAAACAGCAGAACCCACAUUAUCUUAUCUGUAUUUCAUAAAACCAAUGAUUUUAUAUUUACGUACAUAUGGCAUAUUAUACCACUCGUUCAUUCAAACAGUCCUAUACUUGUAUACCAUUUAUUUUAUAAAUUUAUUGAAAUAAUACAAACAAUUAGCCUCCAAUACAAGUUAAAUAGAUAAAAAGACAAUUUAUUUUUUUGAAAUUCCCUCCCCCCUUGGGUGACUUGUGGAUCCGCUAUUAAUUAAGUUGAAUAAUUUAGAACCUUAAUUUCGAUAACAAUAUUUCAACGUUUUUUAUAAAAUCAUUUGAUUUACAGUUUGUAUUAAGAAGACGCUAUAUCCGUAUGCGCUUUCUCAGUCUAACUAACGGACAAUAUAUGAAAAUCUACUUUACGCAGACUGUGUAGAAUUUGCUUAAUUUUGGUUCUAGAGUAAAAACACCUGUUAUAAAAUUAAAUAAAGACAAUGUUCCAGAGGGAAAAACGAUGCGUUUAUUUUUUAAAUGUUGAAGUCAUUCAAUGAAUUAAUUUUUAUUUCUAAUGUGUCUAAUGUGAAAAAUGUGUCAUCUUGUCCUUUUUUAAUUUAUGAUUUUACACUUAAACCAAAAUUAAGCAAGUUCUGCGUAGACUGUGUAAGGUAGAUUUUGCUAUAUUACCCGUUAGUUGGACUGAAACAACACGCGUUAGUUAUAUAAUAACGUCAUCUUAAGACAUACAGGUUCUAAAUUAAAAACCCACUGUUAUUUCCUCAGGAUGCUCCUUAAAAAUCAUAGUAUUUGAAAAAUAUCAUCUUUCACUACACUUAAAUUGUUUGGUUCUCGUUUCCCCCAAUGUACUGUUAUUUAAUAUUUUUGGAGAAAAUUUCAUAUUUGCACAUACCUACACAUAAGUGUAUAAAAAAUUAUCAACAUAAUUGUUUUUUGCUAUAUUUUGGAUUUUUUUAAAAAAAUGUGAAUAUUUCUAUAAUAUUUUAAUUUCAAUAUUAAAAAAAUGAAUACUUUUAAAUGGUGUUGUCGUCUGGUAAAAGUCCGAAAUUUAGACGUCGGACAUUUGUAAAUCAUAGAUUUCACCGGUAUUCUUACUGUUACUGUAAUAUAUAUAAAUAAAUAAAUACAUUUUCUUUGACUUUUAAUUAUUUUAAUAAUUUUACCAUGGCAGGUAUAUUGACGGUAAUAGGAAUCAAAUCUUAUUUUAAAUUGAAGGAAACGGGUGGUGGUGGAAAAAACGGAUACGGAUAAUUUCCGCAUUAUAUAACAAAAAAAUUAGGUUGAACAUGCUUAAAUAAAACACUAUGUAAUAGUACCUCCAGAUAAAAACAAUUAAUCGUUGGCUGUGACAAGUUCUUUCAUUUAAAUGUGUACUUCGUACUUAUGUUUUAAAGUCUUGCACACAACAGAUAUUUUCAGAGAUAAAAGUGAAACAUAUAUACAGGUUACAGGUAAAAUAAAAGUACCUAAUUCAAAUUACCUAUUGAAUAAUCAUUAAAAAAAUAUAUAAGUGCGAGGUAUUAUAUAGUAAUUUUUUACGACAAUAUAUACAUUUAUAUUUUAUAAAAUACGACUGGCCCACAAACCUUUUGUUCACAUAAACUAAUACAUAAUAAUUAUUUGAAAGAUAUAUUACGAUUAAUAUUAAUUAAUAAUGUGUAUGAAUGCAUAGUGUAAUUAUUUAUUACCAACCGUAUCAAAGUUUACACAUACUUUGGGCCAUUUUUUGUAUUUUUAGGCUUUUAUUUGUAAAUUAUAGAAUUUAUAGGGUAAUUAAAUUUUCAUCUCUACACAACAAUAAAUCAUUGCAAAAAACGAUUCUGGGUGCAGUUAAUCAGGUUUUGAUAAACUUAAUUUGAAAACAAAUAUAAAUUGUCCGUGUUUAUCAGUCUCAAAUUAUUGGGCAUUUUUAUUAGUGGUGAACCGAAAUGAUUUUAGAUUCUGAGUGAAGCGAAGAAUGUAGUCAUUUUUCCAUGAUGUUUAUUAUUUAUAUUUAUUUUUUUAUCUGUGAACAACUUUUCUACCAGCAAUUCGGCUCCGAUUUUCAAUUAUAGUACUUUUUCUGAAAGGAAAUCUGACUAUGGUGAUAUUUUAAAGAGGUAAUAUUUUUGAUUUUUCCAGCUGUUUUCAUAAUAAAUGGGAAAAACAGGAAAAUAUACGAAAUUUAUUAGUAAAUAUUGCGGCCUUUUUUUGAUUCAUAUAGAAAUAUAAUAUGUACAGAUAUAUAUAUAUAUUCAAAUAUUUAUGAAAUUUCGUAAUUUGUUUUCUAUCUUUUCAAUUUAAUAAUUACUUAGAUAUUAAUUUGAUUCACGUAUUCGGGUGUCGUAUACUGAACGAUAUGAUCUAAAAUCCAAAACCAAAUGCUAUAAAUGAAUGCAUAUUUUAGAAUAAUAUUAAGACUUUAAUCUUUCAUCUGUUAUAAUGGAUACUACCGUUUUAUGUAUACCAAUACAUUGCGUACCUAUUGAGUGUGUUUACUUUAGUGAGGUCAUUUUUUUAUUUUCCAAACAAUUUUAAUAAUAAUUGGGGAAAAACAGAAAAAAAUACGAAAAUAAUGCUUUUAUUAUUUUCAAUUUUUUUUUCGUAUUUAUUAUCUUAUAUUCAAAAUUUUCUUAGAGACAUGAAAUUUGAACAGAAAAUUUGUAUUUGCCUUUUAUAGACGUGGUUAAAUUUUUAAAAUAUUUAAGCUAUUUAUGAACUUUUUUAUUUUGCGAGUUUUUUACGUAAUUUGAAUUCAGUAGGUACUUUGUGGAUAAAAUUGUUAGACCAAACAGAAAUUUUUGAAGAUAUAACAGGAGAUUCGUUAUAAGUUGUACUUAUAGUGGUCAAUUAGAAAAAGUUAAUUUUAAUGUAGUUUUUUUUUUUUUAAUUUGAAUUUUAAUAUCAAACGUUGAUGAAAGUCGUUUAUAUUAUGACCUUUUAAAACAUAUAUAACCGAACUCUACUCAGAAUCGUUUUUUAUUAGCAAUGGUUAAUUGCUGCGAGAUAUACAUUAAAUUCCUCUCUAUAUCCUACCUUCCUAACUUCUCACCAAUAACAGCAACUGCACCCAUCGUGCAAAGUAUGUCCGUCUUUUUAAAAUCGAAACUCGAGCUUUUAACACUUUUUUAAUAUUCCAGAGAUUUUUCUCCGAUAACAAUAGUCAAAUUUCGAUUUUGAAAAAAAAUUAGAUUUCAAUAUUGGCGCAUGUUGAUACUCGCCAUUAAUUUGUAUGUAGCCAAAGAAAUUUUACUCUCAAAGAUCGGAAAAUAUGGCCUGAAAUUCUGUGAUUUUAUUAUUUUCGAUACUUGUAUAGUGUUAUAAAAGCAGCAACUAUUUAUGAACGGUUAAUAUAGAUUUUAUAAGUCAAUGGCAUUUCAUUAAUAAACAACCUAAAAAUAACUUAAAUUUCAAAUCGCUAUAAAUAACUUAAUAUUAUUAAUAGUAAAAUUAUUACGUCGAGAAAUUGAAAUUUUGACUUGAAUUCUAAAUGAUUGGCCACAUAAAAAAAAAAUGGGUUUUAAGGAGAAAUGGACCUAACUUAAAAUGUAUUUUGGAUUAUUAAGCAAAAAACUCUGUUAAAAGUGGACUUUACAAUUAACUUACAUUUACAUGAAUAUUCUCUUUGGGAAUAGGCUAAUUAUACAAUUAUAGAUUUGCAGUUUUUGCCUAACUCGUGAUAAAUGUUUGAUGUUAAUUUAUUGUUUAUCAUAAGAAUAAUACUAUAUUUUUAUUAUAUUGUUAAAUAUUAAAUAAACAAAAAAAAAAACAGUUAUUUAAAGAUGCUUUAAAACAAUUAUAAAUUAGUUAUAAUAUUUUGUAAACAAAUAUUAUAUACAAGUUGUAAUCGCCAAUUUUAAGAAUUAAAAUAACGAAUAAUUUAUUUUUAACGGAAAAUCGUCAUUAAUUUGUAACUACCGAAUAUUAUGAUGUCAUUAGGAAUAAACUUAAUACAUCGAAUAUCAAUUAAUAAUACAAUACAUAUUCUUAGCUAAUUAAAAUUAAAAAAAAAUAUUUAUAAUUUUAAUUUAUAAAACGUAUGAUCAAAAUUUAAAGUCACCGCAAUAACAAGUAAUCUAAUUUCAAAAACAGUAAUUCCGUCGUUUUUCAUGUGAUAUAACCUAAUUUUUGAUAAGCAUUUUGGAUUUACCAUUUUUUCACUUACAAAACAUCAUAGUUCUUGGACUUGGCUUACACUUAAUAAUUUUAAAUUGUUUUUAACGUUAAAUAUAUUAAUUUUACAUAAAAAAUUGGUAUAAAACCGAUUAUUUUCUUAUAGAAACAAAAAUUCCUAUUCUAGAACGGCAGUAUUACUGUGUCUAAAUAUUAAAAGACCAGAGCAACCGAUAUAAAAUUAUUUUAAGUAAACCUAACAAUUCGUGGUAUGCAUCGUCAUAUUAUAUAUAUAUUUGUUUAGGUUAUUUAUUAUAAAGACAGUGAAGUAUAAUCUAAGAAUAUUAGUAAAAUUCUUUGGUUAACCAGUUGGGUGAAUAUAUUUGUUAGAUACAUAAAAAUAUAAUUUUUACAGCAGUGUCGUUAACUACACCAUUAAUUAAAAUACCAUCAAUCAUCGUUAAUUAUUUAAUAGCAUGCUUACAUUCUUUAAUAAUACUGUCCGUUUAUUUUCGUCCGUGCUAAACAAAUAAAUAAUUUUGGUUUUUUUCUCACGGAUAUACCGAGAGUAUAAAUAUAUAUUAUACAUAGAUGCCUAUAAUAAUCAUAAUAUUUUUCUCUUAUUAAAAAUAUGUUGGUACUCGUGUACCUAAUGCGCAUAGUAAACGUUAAGUAAUUUUUUUUUUUUUUAAUUUAAAUAAUAUUUUAAUAUGUAUUUAAUUCGUCCGCUUACGUCUACUUAAUAGUAAUAAUUGUCAAGUUUAAAAAUUAUUUAAUGAUUUUUAUAAAUGAAAAAAAUUAUUCUUGUAAAGUUGUAAAUACUCUAAAUAGUCUACUUUAGAUUCUGACGUUUUACUUUAUAAUAUGAUGUGUUGUUUCCUUAUUGUUUUUUUAAUAGUUUAAUACCAUAGCCCCUAGACCAUAUUAAUGACAACUGUCGUUAUUUUCCAUCUGUCCAUCUAAACGCAAUUAUAAUAAUAUUGUAGACUAGUUGAACUAACUAUAGUAAUGGCCUACGAAAUGCUCAAAGGGUAUAAUAUGAACAUGUCCCAUUAUCAUUCCUAACACUAUUGUCAGAACUUAUAAUACUUAUUUUCGUUUUUAUUUUUUAUUAUUAUUUUUUUUUUUUUUUUGCACGUGUAAAAAUUAUUUUUAACUGUUUUAUUUUAUUUUGUUCUAGUGUGAUAGUGAAGAUGAUGGGGAUAAGGUAAGAAUAAUUGGAACAUAUUAUUGUAUUUUAAUCCUUUGAGUAUAAAAUAUAAUAGAACUAUGGUAAAAUAAUACAAGUAUUUAAUAUUAUGUGAGAGUACAUAAUAUACGUAUACAGGUAAUCAAUGAGUAUUUCGAUAUUUCAAAAUCAAGUUUUAUAAUAAUCUUUAUUAUUUCGGAUAUUCUUGAUUUAAUAUAUAAAUACAUUUUUCGUCAAUUUGACAAGGUAUGUUUAUUGAGAUUAUUCUACUUUAUAUUAAUAAACCCUGAAAUAUAACGAUUAAACGAUCGCUUUUAAUAAUCUUGAUCUUGUGUAUUAAGUUUUAAAGUUUAAAUCGGCAAUCUUUGAUUUUUCGUGAUAUUAUGUGGGCGUUUUUAAUUUGUAUUAAUCAUAUAGGUAUUAUAGGUAAUAAUUGACGUAUUACACAUACUUAAUCUAAUCAUUUUUUCGUAAUGCUAUUACUACGUAUAACUUCUUAUAAUCAUUUAUGUGAUAUUAUGUGCAUAUUUAAUUAUAAUGAUGCUUCAAUUUUAAAGAACGUUUAAUUGAUAAACAGUUGUUUUUAUUAAACCCAUCGAAAUAUUUCGUUGUCUGUGUAAUUGAGUUGUAAAGACUGCGGCUUAACUUUUAUGCGGCGCAAUAUUUGUUUUUUACGAGGUCGAAAAUAAUGUCAAUAUCGUUCGCGCGGGUAUUGUGUCGAAAAUCACAGUCCAUAACCUUUAUUCGCAUUAGCUCGUUUUGUCCCGUGUAAUCUUGAUUAUCUUUGUAAUAAAAAGCAGUAAAAUAUUAUAUUUAUUCUCUCUGUCGUCGUCGAUUAGGGGGAGACUGACAGAGAGAGAGAGAGAGAGAGAGAGAGAGAGUGAGAAAGAGAAAGAGAACGGCCGUUAAAUCUUUUGUCGGCCCGGAGCCUUUUCGCCUCUUCUCUCCCGUGUAUCCGUUUAGUUUUUAUUUUCGUCGAUUUGUUUCGUCGGCGAGUAGAAAUCUCUCCGCUUUCUGUCCGGACGCGAACGCACAAAAGUCUGAAAGUUAUCUUUAACGGAGGGGUGAAAUCUUGGUUGAUGUUUUUCCUUCUACAAAUAAUAAUAAUAAUAAUAAUAAUGGGCCUUUCGACAUCGCUUUACAGCGGUAGUGACAUGAAUAUUUAUUAUAUAACACUUUUGCGAGAGAGAGUGGCUACAAGAAAAAUCGUCCGGUAUCGCCACUAUACCACCGUCUCUUUAUGCAUCGCGCUACCCUCAUAUUUACUGUGUUGGCUUUGAAUAUAAUAUUGAAUUUUUUAUUGCUCAUCGCCGCCCGGGCAUUAAAGAUCACCGCGACGAUACUCUAAUGAUGACGGAUAAUUUUCUCCGGUCGCGCGUCGGUUAAGAGGACUAAGAAGAGAGGAUAAGUAAAACCAGCUUAAUUUUGAUUUUAGAGUAAAAAGUACCUAGUAUGAAAUUUAUUGAGAACAUUAUUUUUUGGAUAGAAUAUCAUGAGUGUUUUUUGAAUUAUGAACUAUUAGAAGGGUUACAGUUAUUUAAAGAAGAAAAAAAAAUGUAAAUGUAUUUGUAUCGUUUAUAUCGACUUGUAUAUUUUGAAUAAUCCAAAAACCCUAUGUACAUUCCCUCCAAAAUGUUGUUCUCUGCACAUGACGGGCAAUUUUACUCUAAAAUCAAAAUUAAACUAGUUUUACAUAUUCUGCGUAAGCAUUGUUUUUGCACCCGGCAGGUAGUUGGACCGAGACAGUGGAUGCGGGUAAAACGUCCUCUUAACAUUAUUCGUAUCCGUACGGCAGUUUUCGAUGUAAACGAAAUACAAUAUUAUUAUUACUAUUAUUGUUGUUGUGCACUGUAUACGUGGCUAAUACUCCGUAAUAAUAAUAUAAUAUCGCGGCGACUGCAUUAUGUACGGCGGCGGAGUGAUGUCGCGCGGAUAAAAGCGGUAAUACCUUUUUCUCUAUUCAACAACACGGACCGACGAGGACGAGUAGGAAGCGGGUCGAUAUUUUAUAAAUAAAAGAAGGGACGCGGGAAAGUAUAGAGUAGUAGUAGUAGUAGUAGUAGUAGUAGUAGUAUAGGUAGUUGUUAUGUGAUUGCCGCUUUUGACUCGGUCGGGUACUUUUUCUUUUUUUUUUCUUCUUCUUCUUCUUCUUCUCCCGGCGGCCAGACGUGCAGGAAUUUUCCCCCGUGUUUUUUCCCCGCGCGUCCCGCACACACGCACACACCUCUGACUCAUUUUGCUAUUAGGGCCGCGCGCCGCGCACACACGCGCAAAGUACACGGCGUACACGCGGACGCGCAAGCGCGUGCCAUCACAUACGUAUACGCGCACAAGUUCACCAAAGUUUUUACGACCCUUGGGGGAAAUACACGCGGCGUCAAAUAGGAGGAGACGACGACCAGACGGCGGCGGCGGCGACGACGACGACGAGACGCGUGCGCGCUAUAUCGUUCGGCAUCGUCGUCGUUCCCUUCCCGCGGCGACGACGACGACGGCGGCGGCGGCGGCGGCCACGACGACUACUACGGCGAGUAUUCCGCCGCCGUGUAGAAAAACGAGCCACGAGUCAGUCGCCUGCGUGAACUUGGUGCGUGCCCAAUCGUCGCGCGUACGUGUCCGCCGUUGAAUCGCGCGCGCGCUUCCCGAUCCGCGGCGUUGGCGCCGAAAUUUAAACGGCCGUUCACGUGUUCAUCUCCGUUUCGUUCGUAACGCGUUAUUUAUCGUUUUACGGUGCGACUGUUAUUGUGUGCCGUGUUCGCGCCGGUGACCGUCCGUUUUACUACAAUCGGUAAUACUGCCCGCGGAUUUGUUUUUUCGAAUUGCCCGCGACGAAUGGCCGCGACGGCGUGUUUUCGUCGUCGUCGUCGUCGUCGUCGCCGUCAGCCGCUGCCGUGACGACGACCAUGGUCGUGCCGUCGUGAAAUGCCGCCUUUUGAACAUUUCGCCGUCGUCGCCGCCACCGCCGUUAUGACUGUGGACCGACCGAACAGUCAAUCGGUAAAUGCAUUUUCCGUCUGUCUCCAUUUGACAUCCCGGCGUACCGUUAACGGCAACAUUGUUUGUACCCGGUGUACAACAUAAUUAUUAUUGCGAUUUCCGCCGUCACUGCUGCACAACAGUUCCGCGCGCGUUUUAUCGGUCGUUAUUUCGGUGCCCGCGUCUUAUUAUAUCGUAUUACGUGCGAAACCUUAUCGUCGGAUUUUAUGUCUUUUACCGUCCCCGUAUAAUAGUAUUGCGCUCGGACCGUUGUAUUAUUAUCGUUUGGUGUUGUUUUUUUUUCCCCCUUAUUCUUCAUCUUCUCCCGUGUAACGUUUCGUUUCACUUUAACCCUUGUUUUUUAUUUUUUUUUUUUUACGGGCAGUUUAAAGCGCACAACACGACUUUAUGUGUUCCGCCUCCCUCGCCUCUCGAACGACGUAUACAAUAGCGGCGUGAUACCGCGGGUAGUCGUCCCUGGCGGCGGUUUUUUUUUUUUUUUUUUUAUACGAUACCGCGGAGGACGAGAGAGGAAACGGCGGUGGUUUAUGGCAAGCGGUUACGCAUAAUGCUCGUAGAGUUUAACUGUGAAUCAAACUCCCCUAUUUAUUGUACAUUAACAACGAGACGAUAUUUUACUACCUGUUUAUUUUUUAUUUUAUUAUUUUUUUUUUUCUGAUUUUCUGUAACGUCGAGAGACACUUCAGCACUCGCGGUUUAUUGGCUGUAUAAUAUAAUAGAUGCGUGAUGUAUUAUAAUAUUAUUAAUCGCAUUUCGUCAGCGGGUCUGCGAGUCUAUACCUACAUAAUAAUAUUAUAUCUUUAUUCGUGGUUUUUUUUUUUUUUCUGUCUAUGUUCACCUCUCGUGUAUCUAAAUUAUAGAAAAAAAAAUAUAUAAAAAUCCCGCAGUUUACUAGAAAACAGACAGACCUUGUACUCGUAUAAUCGCCGACACUCGGCCGUUUUAUCGAUACUUUUGAUUAGGGUACUAUAUUAUAUUAUAAUAUCGGUUAAUUAGACAAUAAUAAUAUCAUACGUUAUAUUACUAGCAAACUGCAAACGCGUGUUAUUCUCAACGAGAUAAUGACGCAGACGGGCGUCUGAAAGUUUUAUAACGGAAAUUAGUCGCGUACAAUGCGUACACGCGGCGUAGGUACGUAGUCUUUGUCCCGGUGGAAUAUUAUUUUUUUUAAUAUUAUUACGGUUUUUUUAAUCGAUAGGCGCGCCUAUUAUAAUAUUUAUUAUACGUAUUGUAUGUGUUACAGACGCGGCCAAUAAUAAUACUGUAUAACAAUAUUUCGCUUCGUUUACGAGUCCACGCGGUUAAUUUUUCGUAAUCUAUACACACACCAUAUUACCUAUGACCUCGUUUAACACGCUUAUUCGUAUAGAUAUAUUAAAACAUAACGAUUCGUGUGUGUACACACACACACACGCACACACGUCGAUAUUAAAAAAAUAUUAUCUCUUGGCGAAUAUAUAAGUGGGAAAAUGUGUAUAUAUAUUGUGUGUGUGUGCGUGCGUGUGCGCGCUCGCGACCGGUGUGUAAUAGGACUAAAAUAUUAUAACACGUCGCGUAUUAUACGUAUUAUUACGCUCGUUCGUUUUACAUAUUAUUAUUAUUAUUACUUUUUCGUUUCAUUUCGUUAUUAUUAUUAUUAUUCACGGAUAUUUUAUAAAACGCUCGGUCAUCUCGGCAUGUCGACGAUUCGUAGUGUUACCGGUCGUUAGGCGAGUACCGCGCGCGUCGUCGUCGUCGUCGUCGUCGUCGUCGUUGUUGUUGUUGUUGUUGUUAUUAUCGAGCCGCGUGUUAUCGCGCCUUAACGCUUUUACUUUAUUUCGUAUGCAUUCCAACGAUUAAAUAAAAAAAUAAUAAUAAUACUAUCACUACGGGCCGCGGUCGUGGACGAUGGACGCGGGCCUUAAAUGGAGAACAAUAUAUUAUGCCUACCUGCCGCCUGCAUGCCGACCGUUUUUUUUUUCGUCCGUUUUCCCGUUUUUAAAAUAAUACAUAACAACAAUAUACCCAACCGAUAAUAUUACACAGUAAUUGUUAUUAUAAUAUUAUAUUUAUAGCGAUUAGAUAAUAAUAAUAAUAAUAUCUCGCCCCGCGGUACGUGCGUAUAUUAUACCCGCGGUGUUUAAACAAUAUACCUAUAUUUUUAUACAUAAAAUUGUACGGUAUAUUUCGUCAGUAAGUACCUACUCGUAACUUUUUCACUAAAAAACAUUUCGCUUUAUAAUAUUGAAAAGAUAAAAUUACCAGUUACCUAUUAGUAAUUUAGUUAUUGUUACCUGUAUACGUAUAUAUAUAUAUAUUUAUAUAUAUGUAAUGUGCACGAUAUUCGCGGUGUUCGAAACAUAAUAAAAUGUUAUUAAUAGCGUAUAAUAUUCUAUGGCACAGUCAUCCGGCGGUUUUUUUCUUUUUUUUUUUUUUUUUCUAUUAGGUAUUAUUAUGCGUGUGUAUGAUCGCGUAAUCGCGUAUGAAGAGUGGUAGUGUAUAGGUUGCAAGUAUUCGCACUCGAAUUGUGGAUUAACGAUUUAAACUAUAUCAUAUUAUACCGUUUAGUUAUCGCCGCCCGAAGUGUUCACCGUCGAAUUAUAUUACACAAUCCGACAAUAUAUUACAAUCUUAAAAAUUGACAUCGUUUUUUUAAUGUCACUGAAUUUGAAUAGCAACGUUCAAUAUGAUAGUUUACGAUCGUCGCGACGAAUCGUAAACUCGACUAUGGAUAUAAUAAUGCUAUGUGGGUGUACCACACACACACUGUGUGUGCACACGAACCGUAUUUUAUUUUAUUUUUCGUACGGUGUUCAAAAGAUUCGCGGUCGUAAAACACACGCGGGUUAUUACAAAUCGAAUGGCGCGAAUUACGCCUAUAUAGUUUUUAUGAGUUGCUACGCUAUCUGAAAAUAUCAAGGAAUUUUUAAUUUCUCAUAGAAUUCCGGGGGAAUGAGAAAAAAAAAAUGUUCAGAGUAUCGAAUCGCGGUUGUAGGUAUUAUGUAUACCUAACCGUGUCUGUACAUAGUGCUGUACCAAUAACUGUAUUAAUUGGAAGAAAAAAAAAUUAUAUUGUUUUUUAUCGUGUUUUAAUGAUAAGAAAAAUUUGUAUAUUGUGAGCUUUAAUUUAUCGUUUUACACCACACACGGAUUCGACGAAUACCACGCGAUAGAGAGUCUCUACACUCUGUACCUCUGUACGGAGAGAGGUCAAGUAAAGUUAAUUAGUGAUACAAUAUAAAAAAAAAAAAAAUGUAUAUUUACUACCAACACAAACGUAGAUAAAUCAUAUAAAAAAAAAAAAUUCGUUUUUAUAAUAGAUACAUAUAUAUAAUAUUAUGUAGUACCUCAUUGAAACUCUGGGAAUUUUGAAAUCUAACAUCUAUAUUCUUCUAUAGCGAACUAGUCACCAUGCAGGAAUUGAGAAUAUCAUAAUGUUAUAAUAACCUCCAAUAAUACGAUCGAAUACAAUGUCUAUUUUAUCGGACGUUGAAAAAAUACAAAUAUAAUUGAUUAUAUAAUAUAUUUUUUUAAAUUUUAAUUGUUUCAGGGUUCGGAUAAUUCCGAUCUUUUCCGCGCCAGUCUGGUUUCCAGGAAAGGUAAGCAACUAGUAUUAUUUUUAUUAUGAUUAUUAUUAUUAUUAUUGUUAUUUUUAUUUUAACCCGUGUUGUAGGUUAUAGUCACAAUCCGCAAUUCUCUGCGAUUCUAAUCGAUUCCUUCGCCCUUUCUUCCGGUUCUUUAAAAGUUUUGAUUUUAUCCGCUUUUUUUUUAACAUACCCUGUACAUUAUAAAAGUUUCGUGAUCGCUCUGCAAUUUCCCUUCUAUCGUGCCCUUGUCUAUAAUUGUAUUAUGCUACGUAGCUCUUCUGGGCCCGUCUGUUUUCCAACGUCUCGUUUUAAUCAUUUGUUUUUCUUUGUCGAUAUUCCUAUGUACAGGGUGUUUUUUUCACGAAUCAAUAAUUUGUGAAAUCGUGAAAUUUAUUACGCUUCCCUAUUCCUCCAGUCUAUAAACUUUAAAUGGUUAUAACCAGAUUAUAACUCAUAAACGGUAAAUCUGAUACGUGCAUACAUACAUAUUAUAUACAUUUAUAAUUGAUAUGAAUAUCUGUUUUUCGAUUUCAAUAAAAAAUAUAUAUAUUCUCUAUUCAAAUAUGUGUUCAAAAAGUGUAGUUGGUUCCUAUUUGAAAAAUAAAAUUAUGUACUUAUUUAAGGUACAUGAGAUAGGGUUCAAAAAAAAAAAAAAACAGAAAUCAAAUUCACUUAAAAUCCUUCCCUUCAAUUUAUAUUCCUCUCGAUUCAAAUUAUUAUUAUUACAUACUCAUUGCUACUCAUUUUUGUCUUAUCGGUAUCUAUUAUAACGUAUUAUGUCUCACGUGCAUUCGCUACGCUCCAAUUCUUCUCACCAAAUAUACCAUUCCGUCUACUUCAUCAAGUCUUUGAUUACUUAUAGGUCUUAUAUAUACCUAUAAUUGUAUACGUCAACUAUUAUUUGGGAGUUUCUGGCAUAAACAGUUUCUAUUUAUUGAGUUUUUCGUUGUUUAAAGCUCAUUUUAAUCUACUUAACUAUCGUAAUUUACUUCCUGUAUAGUGUUGUCCUAUUAAUAUUUAUACUCAUAUUAAGUUAAUGUAACUAGUAUUUAAAUUUAUUUUUAUAUAAAUACAUUUAAACUAUUCGAUAUCUAUAUCCCCUUUAUGUGUAGUCAGUACGUUACGAUUACUUAAAAUGGCUUGAGUAAUACUUAGUAACCGGGACAUGUACCUGCAGAUAUUCAACAUAUUUUUUAACUUUGAUUGUAUAGUUUUAAAUUUAAGUACAACGUAGUUACGUAAUAUAUAAAUUAAAAAUAUUAAAAUCAGUUUUUUUCUAUGCCUAUUAAAUAUAUUGAUCAUUUUUUAGUAGUGUUAUUAAUUAUUAUUCUCUAUUAUUAGUUAUUUAUAACGCAGAACUACCCCUCCGUUCGUUCAUAAUAUUCGAAAAUAAUUAACUAAAUAUAAGAAAAUAAAUAACUCAAGUACUAUUAUGGUUGAUACAUUUGUUGAAAUACGUUCAAUAAUCUGUGACACAGUUCUUUAUUGUUUGGUGCUUCUUAACGCUUACACACGGCUACUUAAUAAUUGUUACUAAUAGGUUGUUAUUGUUAUUUAUGGAUAAUUAUCAUACAUGUUUGUGUUAAACUACUUUGAAAUUUGAUGUUGUGUAUAGUUGUUGAAGCUGAAAGAUCGAUGAAAUGUGUAACUAUAAGUACUAAGUAGUGUAAUAAUUGGAUUAGUUAAACUCAUCUGCGACUAUUUCUUUAGAAAAGCCAAUCAUUGUAGGUUUACGAUCCUUGGAUUACUGUUUCAGAAUUAUAAUAUUAUAAUUUCAUUUUAUUUUCGAUCAGAUAUAAUAGAAAAAUUUGCGCGAUAUUUAUUUACGGGGUGGUUAAGUGCAGUUGAUUGAAGUGCACUCAACUUCAGAGAUACUUUAUGUAAUAAUGAUUCCCUAAUUGUCGACUAUGCAAUGAAAUUUUCCGAAAUAUGCUUAGGUAACAUACGCGAUAACACAUAACCGACUACGCAUACGGAUAGAAUAAUAUUAAUAUAAUAUUAAAUUUUAUAAAAUUAAUAUACUUUUAGAACACAACAGUGAACAUUUAUAAUGAUUGGCGAUGUUAAAUAAUGCGUCCUUAUAUUUAUAUAUAAUUUCGUUUCAAAUAGCUAAUAUUUAAAUUUCUAAUAAUAGUGUAUAGUAUAUCGUAAUUUAUAAAUAGGAUGUUGUUAUAGAUUCAUAAUAUAUAUAUUUUAUACUAAGCGAUAUCUUAAAUUAAACGUCACAUAUAAUUUUACUCAUCGAAGUAUAAGAAUUAAUAUUCUGAAUAAAUGAUUUCAGAUGAAUUACCAGGAAGAGUUUCUUCCGAACCUGUACAGAAUUUACCUGCUAAUAUUAAUAUAGUCCCUAAAGAACCUAUAUCAAUAACGCCACCUAGCCGACAACCGACCCCUCCAUUAGUUAACGGCGUAGAGUUCGAUAACCAUCCGGCACCCGAAACGACUACGGCGUCUACGACCACUAUUAUCAGGUCUUCACAAAAUCCCAUGUUACCGCCUCCAUCAACAACUCCUCGGGCUCUACAGGUGUCUCAACCGAAAUGCCCGUCUCCUACAAUACCUCCUCCAGAAUCCACACCCCCCGUUACGCCUAAACCUCAAAAUACACACCUGAAUGGACAUGAACCUUCAACGCCUCCCGCUACAGUUACUUCGAGGUAUUCCCCGGUAAGUAAAAUUCUGAAUAUUAUUUGCGUGUCUAUAAUGUUAAUUGUAUAGAGGUUACACAUACUAAACAUUUAAAAAAUAAAAGUUUUUGGUGAAGGAUUUUUACGAAGAAAAUAUAGUUAAAUAUUAAAUUCUCGUUAUAAUUGAUCAGAAAAUAAACGAAAUUUGAAUAAAGUAGUGACAAAGUUUAAUUUAUCUAUUUAAAAAAAUUACAGUUUGUAUUUAAGGGGCUCGGUGCUAACGAGGUUUUUCUCAAACAACAUGCCUUAUGGAAAAAAUAAUCAUGCCUUGUAAAAUAAUCAGAUUUUGAUUAUAUUUUUUUUAUUUUUUUUUUUUUUCUCCUGGAAAGAGAAAGACUUUAUACGAUCUGCACAUUGAACUCCGUUUUUAAUAUUUUAAUAUCAAAUAUUUAAAUAUUUCUUUACUAUGUCAAUUUUAGGCGUUUUUUGACCAACACUUUUAGACUAUCAACUGAAAUUAAAUACAAAAUUCAGAAUUCAAUUAUCGAGUUGUAUCAUGUUGUUUAUGAUUUAAAAAUGAAACGAUGUAAAAAUAUUGAACUGGCAAUGAGUAAUCCCUCUUCUCCUAAAGUCAUAUAUUCGUCAUUGAAAACGAACGUCUGCCUUUCCUUUUAAAAAGGGUAUUGGGCCGUAGAAAAGUCUUAUUAUCAUUAAAAUUAAAAUUAUUCAUAAUCAUUUCCAAAUCUCACAUAAUUGAAGAAAAUUUGAAAACCCGAUAUGGGACUCCCUUAGAUUCUAUAAACACAGUAAGUACACUUGGAUCGUUGUAUAUUUUUUUUUUCCGUCAACCUGUAGAGAUAAAUCCAAAGCAUAUAGUAUAAUAGAUAUUAAUAGUAUACAAUUUAACCUCACCGGAGAAUAUUGUUUAUUCUGUACACUCGUUUCGAGUUUCUCUUUGUACCUACCAUUCUUGGCAAAGAUAUUAUUAUUUAUUUUUUGUCGCUGUUCACAUUUUUUUAUUAUUAAUGUGGGGACAUUACAAGUACAACAGAAUACCUACUUAAUACGUUUACCUACAAUUAUCGUGUAUAUUGUAGAAACAAGUUCAUUUUAAAUCGAUCGUGUUUAUCCAUCACAUCAGUAUUCUCAGUAAGAAAUAAACCAGCAGCCGUAAUCUGCCUAAUAUCGCACUUGUUGGUUAAAAAAAAAAAUCACGUCGGUAUACCACUCGCGAAUCAUUUUCAUGUUUCGCACGUGCAUCACAAUUAUCAUUGUUGCAGUGACUUAUAAAAUAAAUAAGUAUUAUUACCUUAUAAGAAAUGUUACAGAAUAGUAGAAACGUUGUGUAUUAAUUACAACCAGUUUUAUUCGUUAAUAUAGAAAUACCGACUUAAAGAAUGCGCUAUUAUAUACUAAUUACUAAAUAGUAAUUAGUAAUUAAUAAUACCUUCAUAUUAUUAUACUGCAUUCUUGAUUUAUCUAUUUCUCGCUGGUUGUAAAUACUAGUUAAAUUAACAUAGCUAAUAAUAGUUUAUACACAGUUUAAUUUUUGAAGACUAAAAAUAGCGUGCUUCCAUUAAAAUUUAAAGGGGUUGGAUUCGCGGUUUUUAAAAUUAGAAAAUCGUUUUUAGUUUUUAAAUGCCACCUUAAUAAUUAGAUUUCCACUAAUCUACUGCUCUUUACGUCCAUAUAAGGGUAUGGGGUACGUUUAUAUGGGCGUUUUUGAUUUUGAUUGACUAACAAAUUUACUAGGUUAUGAUGGAAUCGAUUUAAAAUUAUCUAUUUUUUUCAGUCGUGAUAUCAAAUGAACACAAAUAUAGUGAUCUUAUAUUUAUAUUGUACAUUGUUUCAUCAAAAUAUUCAAAAUCAUCUCCGUCAAAAUCUACUCUAGGUUAAUUUGUUAAUUAAUCGAAUUUCAUCAAAAUUAAAAUCUGUGAAACCCAAAUCUUACAGUUUUGUCAUGCUUUAAACACAACUUUAUAUUUAUACGACUGCGAUUCGGCCCUUAAUAACAUUAUGUCAGAUUUUAAUAUUCUCCAUAUAUAGACGUAUUUGGAUUGAUAGAGUAUUUUUUGAUGUUUUGCUAAAAUAAUGGAUAGUUAUAAUUCUGUUAUAAUCAUUAAAAUUAUUGUCGUUUUAUUUUUCUAUGUUUUCUAUAUUAUGCAAUUAUUCGUUUUCAGGUGCCGUCCUCGGGACUCAACAGUCCUCGGAACUUCGCCACGAACACGGUGCCACCGCCCGCGAGUGUACCGCCAUAUCAAACCCCGCCACAAGCGUGUCCGUUGUCUUUGAGCAUAACCAAUUCGUAUAUCACCCCUUCGACGUCACAACAUCCCGUCUUAUCCCACGCCGCGUCCAAUUACAUCCCAAAAUCUUCCAAUCAAACGCCUUCUCCUCACCAACACAGUUCUCCUUAUAACAUACAAAAACAACCGCCGAACGUGAUGUAUCAUCCUCCUCACGGUGCCCCGUAUCCGUCGCCUUCCAGCUAUCAUCCCAGUCCGUACAAAUCCACCCCGUCGUCAUUAUUAGCUACAGUAUCCAGCUCGUACAUGCCGUAUGCCACGACUCAAUCGUCCACCGUGACUGUCUCGGCUUCUGCUACGAUUCCGAGCACUUCCAGUAGUCAGAUCACAGCGGCACCGCAAGCGACCAAUUUCAACUCUCCGUAUCAGUCUGCUGUCCAUCCGCAACAUUAUCCACCGUUAUAUGCCCCGUACCGAAGUACACCUUAUAUGCCGUCUGCGCUGUCAAAUGCAGCCGUAAGUAUACUAUUGUUUUACUGCUUGUAUAAAGAGAGUAGUUUUUUUUUUAAGUGGACAAUUAUUGCGAUUUAAUACGAAACAGUUCAUAAUUAGGUAGGUAAAAAUAUUUUGUUUAAAAUUAUUAUAAUUAUAAACUUAAAAACAACUCGAAAGUUUUAUAGUUUAAAAGUUUGCAAACUUAAUAAAUGGUGUUGCUAAAAUAAAAUUUAAAAAAAUGUACAGUGGAUUGUACCUAAGUAAAUGCAAAUAUAAAAAUAAACUCGUUUAAUUGUUGUCAUUCGUAUCAAAUUAUUAAAAUUUAUUAGAAAAAACAAAAAUCUAGUGCUUUGGGUGGCUGGAGCUUGUCGUGAUAUUUCAUACGCCAAAGUUUGCAACGCAUUAACUUACAGAGUUAGAGAUUAAUGCGCCAUAUUAAUAAAGGUUGUAUAUUAUAUUAUACAUAAACAUUUUAAAUUUAGGAGGAAAAAAAUGUACUUGAAAACUUCACGAUUUGAUUGAUUAAAACUAAUGAAUAAUAUUUUACUGCUUAUUUGUACCCGUACAUUGCAAUAUUCCUUAAUCACAGUUGAGUUUCAUAAAGCACAACGGUUCUUCUAAAAUUAUUAUGCUUAAUUAAUAAUAAAAUUUGUAUAUAUUAUUCGCCAUCAAUUUUAAUGUUAUUUGAAAAUUCAUUGGCCAUAGUUUUGAUUAUGGUUUAGUAGAUAGGCCAUCGUUUUGUUGUUAAACUUAACAGCGUCAUUAAUAUUAAUAGAGUUUCGACGAAGCUGAAAACUGGCUUGUAAUUAGGAAGCCGAGGGAAACGUUGCACAGAAUUCAUACGCCUGUUUCUGUCUGUCUGUCUCUCUCUCUCUCUCUCUCUCUCUCUCUCUCUCUCUCUCUUUGUCUGUCUUUUCUCUCUUUACCUUGGGCACGGAUGUUAAUUUUUCCAUUCGGCUGCUCCGAGAAGUCUAGAGAAGGUUAAUGAUAAAACUACACGAUGACGGUGACGGUGGUAGAGGUACCUCCCUUAAUUACUACAACAGAGUCCCACCUCCCCAGAUACCCUUUCUACGUAAAGCUCACCGCUUAUCGACUUUUGCUUCGCCCGAUAUAAACUUUUGGGUUGCCACCAACUUACUUCCAGUUUUAAUUUACCCUCGUUAAACACUUUAAAACUCCCUUCUUCGUGUAUGUGCAAACAAGCCUUUAAAACUUAAUGUCUAAUCAUUUACUGACUUACUGAUAUUCAAAAUCAGUCUUGUCCAAAUAUUAACAGACAUCAAUAGUCUAAGUCGCAGAUUAUAUAUAUUAUGUUAAUAAAUAAUAAUAAAGUUACUUUCACGUACACCGAUCCGAUUCGAUUCAGUGUUUUAGAUUUUUACACCGUUCCGUGUCCGAGCUCAGACAGAAAAUCGGUCAGCGAAAAUUUUUUUUUGAUCAGAUGGGGCUCGGAACGGAGUCAUAUCGAACGUACAUACAUUUUAUAUGCAUUGAAAAACAAUAAAUUCGUAUUUCCGUAUCUUGAUGGAUCAGACAUAAAUGUGUUUAAAAGUACCUUAAAGGCAUAUAUUAAUAUAAAUGGAAUACUGGUUUCUAUUAGUAUGAAAUUUGAUUGUUAACAUAAUUUAAAACGAAAAUAUCCCCAGUUAUUUUCUUUUACAAUAUACACUUAGUACAGUAUAACUUAGUAUAGUUAAAUAACCAAAAUAGGUUCAAAUUAAAAAUAAAACAAAAAAAUUAUUUAAAUUUAAUUUACUAUGAUAAGUCAAUUGUAUUCAAUUAUGAAAUAAUGUCUUAUUGUUAUUUUAUUAAAUAUUACUAAAUCACUGAGGUAUUAAUCAUUUAUUGAUUAAAAAAAAUCUGGCAUUCUAUUUACAUAAAUAAAAAAAACUAUUGUAUUUAGAUGAAAAUAAAAUCUUAUAAAAAGCAAAAGAUUGUGAAAGGCUCUACUACUUAAGUUUAUCCUCAGAAACUUAUUUGUUUUCCCUUGUCCUAUUACGUUUAAGAAUAAAGUCUUAGAUACUUAAAUAAUAAUAGAAAAUAAAAUUAAGUUUGGAAUGCUCGCUUCUUAUAAUAUACUCUAAUUAAUAUUUAUGUUUUGAAUUAAAUUUUUUUUUCUCAAUUUAAUCUUACACUUAUGAAACUAUCAAUUUUUUUUAAACUUAACUAAGUAAUUAACAAUUAAAACGGUUUUUUUUUUUUCUACGUAUAGUUUAUCCAUUUAUUUCAUAAGUAUGUUAAUUAAUUUAAUAUACAUUGAUUUUUUUUUUUAAUAUAGAGAUUAAAUAGAUCUUCUCCAAUGUCUGUGAUAUCAACAAAGUCAAGUGCGGUAUCAACACCUACUCUUGUUGCACCACCACCACCAGUAGCUGCUUCUACUGCUGCUUCAACUACUACUACUACUACAUCACUUUUGAGUGGACAUCCUCUCUUAGGUAGAGGACAGUCGCCACGAGGUCCAAGUCCCAAUAGAGAUCGUGAUAGUUAUAGGUAAACUUAAUGUAUACCAUGUUUGUACCUGAUAAUAUUUUUAAAAUUUUAACUGUUUAGUUUUUUUACAGUAUCAUUUAUGUUUCUUAAAAAAAGAAUUAACUUUUGAUUUACAUUAUUAUAUACUUAUUAAUUUAUCACUUAUUUUAAGGUUUAGAUUAGAAUAUUAGAGAAGUUAUCAAAAAUAAUAAAAAGAGUAUUUUUAAGUGAACAUCAGAAUUGACUUUCUUCUUCUCACUAUUUUAUAGUUUUUUUUUGUAAUAUAUUCAAAGUAUAAAAAUUUAAAAUUCAAAAAUUACUUCUCAAAAGAUCCAUCUUUUUUCAUCCAUCUGUUUUAAAAAUUUUGGACGAAAUUAUUAUAAUAUAAUCCUUGUUCUAUUAAAAAUCUUAAUUUAUAUAUAUAAUAUUAUUUAUAUUCCCUCCUUUAAACUGAUAUUUUAACAAUACUUAUUAAGACAUGCAUCAUUAAAUUGUUUAUUUGUUAUUAACAGUUUAAACCGGAGUGCAGGACCUUCAUUAAAUUCUAUUUCACCAUUUAAUACUCCGUCAUUAGCAUUACCUCCUACUGUUGGUUCAAGUUUACCGCCUACUGUUUCAUCAUCAGCUCCUUCUAGUCUUGUGUAUAAUAAUAAACCACCCUUAUGGGGUCCAAUGGGGUAAGUACACACAUUUUAAACUAAAACUUAUUGAUGUCAUAAAAUUAUAUUAUUUUUAGGAAUAACAGUAUUGUAACGUCUACUAUGGCAAGUAUAACUCGACAACAUCCGUCAUCAUAUCCACCUCCUUUAUUUUCAUCGCCAGUAGCCACUGCUACUUCUCAAUCUUCUUCAUUACCAUCAGCGCCACCAGCUCAUAAUCCUUUUUCUGCAGAAUCUUUAUUUCAAUCCAGUAAGUUGAAAUAGAAUAUAGUAUAUUUAAGAUAAGUAAUAAUACUAUUUAAUUUAGAUCAAGCGGAUAUGUUGCGGAGAGAACUAGACUCUAGGUUUUUGGCAUCUUCACAAGAAAGAGCUUUGGCGCCUUAUUUACGCACAGAGAUGCACCAUCAUCAACAUCAACAUACACAUGUUCAUCAACACACAGCAACACCACUCAUUCCUGCUGUAGCUGUAAGUGCCGCAGCUAUACCAAAUCCUUCAACAAUACCACCUGCUCCGACAUCAGCAUUAUAUCCUCCACCACUGGUUAGCUUAUAAUAUGAAAAUAUAUAUUAAAUUUAUUUAUUUUAUAGUUGUAAUUAAUGAUUAUAUAUAUUUAUACAUUAUUAUUUUUUUAGUUUAAAGAAAUACCUAAAUUGGGUGGAGUUGAUUCGCCAUUCUACAGACAAAACUUAUUGUCGGGUAGUUAUCCAGGUUUUACACCAGGCUUGUUACAUUCUUCAAUGGGCCAUACACCAUUCACACCACCAAAUCAUAUUCCAACAUUUACUCCAAAAGUAUAUUUUUAUUUCUAAAUUAUUAUCUAAUUUAUUGCAAAAUAUCUUAAUUUGAUAUAAAAAUUUUAUUAUGUUGAUUGCUCUAUGUAUUAUAAGAAAAUAAAAAGUUGUUAUGUUUAUCAGAAUCAUCAAUAUUUACACAUUAGAAUUUACAGUUAAUUUAAUAUUGUGUAUAUUAUAAUAUUCUCAAUUUUCCACAUAAAUAAGAAAAAAAAAUCACUAAACAAAUUCAAACAAUGUUAAGAAAAUAUUUUACUUUGUUAUCUCCAUUUCUCAAAUUUGUACUAUUAAAGUUUUUUCUAUCAGCAUAUUAUUGUGUUAUUCAGUUUUUUAUUUUUAAUAUUAUUUGUUAACAUAACUAAAAGAUUGACUAUAGAAAAAAAAUGAGCCUUUUUUAUUUUAAUACUAAAAAAUUUAGUUAAUAUAUUGAUUUAAUCUCCAAAUGUAUUAUUAUUUUAAUUCUAAGGAAUUAUGUUUUUGUAAUCGAUAUAUAUUUUUGUUUCAGCAGUUGACUGAUACAUCUAAGCCUACAAAAUCAAGUGUAAGUAAAUUAUAAAAUAUAAUAUCUUUAGUAUCUCUUUAUUUUAGAUACUUAGCACAGCAAGGAAUCUAUUUGUUUUUCUAUGAUGUAUUAUUUUCAAAUUAUAAAUAUUACGGUCUUUUAAAACAUGUAUAACUAAACUUCACUCAGAAUCAUUUUUCGUUAUCAAAGAUUAAUCGUUGCAUACACAUAUGUAUUCAAUUUUCCUCUAUAUCCUACCUAACUAACUUCUUAUCAACAACAGUAGCCCACCUAUUUUGCAAAAUUUGUCCGUAAUUUUUUUUAAAAAUAAAAUUAAAAUUUAUAGAAACCUGGGAAAUGGAAUGCAAUGCAUGUACGUUUAGCUUGGGAAAUAUAUCAUUAUCAACAAAAACAACAAGUUGCUGAAACCAAAAAUGUUGCCAGUAACCCAGUGCCAAAGACUGAAUUAUUAAGGCCGCCAAUACAUUUGUUUCCACCCAGCCGACCACCACAUGAUCUCUCUCCGUUCACUUCACCUCAUCAUCACCAUCCAGGAUUACCUCCUGGAUAUCCACCUAUGGGUAAAUAUUGUCUACUGUUUCUCUACUCUGAAGAUAUUUAUUAUAAUAUGAACUUUUAGGUGCUGCAGCAAUGUUUUCUAGGUAUCCAACUGGGUUCCCACCAAUACCCUCUUACCCUCCCAAUCCCAUGAAUGAUCCAUGGGCUAGAUUACAACCUUCUCGUGGACUACCUACACCAAAUUCAGCCUAUGGUCCUACAGGAGGUUGGCCAAUAAAACCAGAUCCUGUAGAAACCGAACGAGCAGAACAGCAGCAACGUGAACGAGAAAGGGAAAGAGAACGUGAACGUGAAAGAGAACGGGAAAAAGAGAGAGAGAGGGGACGAGAACGAGAACGAGUAAAACGUGAAGAAAAAAGAAGACUGAUGAUUCAGCAGCAACAACAGCAGCAGCAGCAACAACAACAGCAACAAUUGCAGCAUCAACAACAGCAGCAACAUCAACAGCAACAACAUUUACAACAUCAACACCAGCAACAACAACAGCACCAGCAACAAGUAGCUAAGAUGAGAGAAAGAUCUCCUUUAAAAGAUCCUAAUAUGAUGUCAAAGGAAGAUGAUAUGAAUAAUAUGAUGUUAGGUCGUAUUCCACCACCAUCACAUUACCUACCACCACAAAGACAUCCCCAGAGAACUCUACCAACACAUUUUUCACCGUGGGAUCAAUAUAGGUAUAUAUUAAAGUAAUAUAGUAUAUUAAAAGAUUAAAACAAGCACACACAUGAUAACAUUUAUAAAAAAAAAAAUUUACAAAAUAGCAGCAGGUAUAAUAUUAAUUUUAAUUAAAAUCAUUGCAAACAGCAUGUGUUAAUUUUUAUCCCCGAAAAACUCAUUCCCUUAACCACUCACACUGUUUCGGUUAUCACCUUUACUCACAUGGAGUAUUUUUUUUCCAAGUUUUAUUUAUUUAGACCAUUUUUUAUAAAAAUACUUGUACCUUAUUCUGUAAUAAACAAUCGUAGAAAUCUGAAACUUUCUGAAUACUGCUUACAUUAGCAUUUUGUAGUUUUUUUUUUUUUAUUUUGUAUGUUUAUUGUUUCAAAUUAAAGUAGGUUUAUUUAUCUUAACAUAUAGUUCAUCUAUUACUUACAUAUAUUGUAUAUAAUCUAUCAAAUGUAUAUAUUCUAUAGAUAUGAUUCUUUGAGGUUCAGUCCGUUGAUUGCUGCAGCUGCUUAUAGAGCUGAAGAAGAAGAACACCGAGCCAAAUUAUUUGGUUAUCAUUCUCAAGCUCAUUUAAGACCAAAAGAUUCAUCCCCUAACACUCAUCGACAAAUGCCUCCGGAUAUGCAAUUACCUAAAAAAGAAGAAUCUUCACAAUCUAGGUAGUCCAAAUUUUCUGGACAUUUUUAAAUUAAAUUAUGUUUUGAUAACAAUUUUAUUUUAUUCUCCCUACUAUCUUUAUUUAAUGUCCUUUAGACAUAAAUUACAUUAUAUUGUUCUAUGUAGAAAAUGUUUAUUUUACAUAUGAAAUUUAUGAACAAUUUUACUCUUAUAACAAUUAUUGUUUACAUUUAUUUUAUUUAUUUAUUUAUUUUUUU